CUUACAUUCAUUUCUAUUUAUAUCACGCCCAACAAUGCCUAGUAAAAAUGCUUCUGGUUUCUUUAUAAAUGUAUAACAGGUUGAGCGUUUUCAGGUUGCUUCCCGCGGCGACACGGAAGUACUGGAAAGGGUUACUUCCGGGUUUCGCCGCAUGCGCAGACGCACAAAAUGACGUCAUGCGCAGAAUCGCGACACGUGCAGACGCGGGUUGCGUUCUGCUCAUGUUGCGAAUGGGCCUCCAGAACGGAUCUCGUUCGCAACCAGAGGUACCACUGUAUAACCUUUGACAACAGUCAUAGAAACCUCGCGUCGUAGGCGGUUCCAAACUUCAGAGGGGGGCUGGGGCUUGCACCUAUAGCUGGAAGCAGGAGGGACCCCCAAGCUGGUGAGCCUGGCGAUUGGGACCCCUGCAUGGGAUGAUGGCUGUGUGGGAGUGUUGGGAGAGGGCAGGAGACAAGUUUGUCAUGCACCCAUGGCCAUCAAUACCACAGCUGCAACGUCAAGGGACGACUCCUGUGAACGAUAGACUUCUCUGCAAGCAGCCUCUGGGAAUUCUGUGUCUCCACGUUUAUUUGUCGACAGAGAAAUCAAGAGGGGCUGCCCCACUGAAUUUCUUCGGGGGGGGAGAAAUUCUCCCAUCAGUUUUUCGCAGGCGGGGAUCGCCGUUAGUGGUGGCAGUUUGCGCAGCUUAUAUCUCUCUCCGCCCCCCACACUAAGCAUUUUUUUGUGGAGGGAGAUGUUGUUUCAAUUUUAGAGAAACGGUGCAUUGUUAGGAACAAAACUCACCUGUCAGGUGGCGGUAAGGGACCUGGCAACCCCGAAUGCUUGGCCAAGGCCGGCCAAAAUUUGUGGGCCCUGGAUCACGUGGGUAGGACUGGACUCUUGAUUGGACGGGAUUGGACUAGAUCCCUUCCCACUCUGCAAUUCUAUGAUUCUAAGAAUCUGCAAAGUCAGAACGUGUUUCUAAGUGGGAAAGGUCUGUCCCUCCAUCCUCACCAUCUUCUGCCACAAAUUACCCAGAAGCUUUCAGGGUAUCUCGUCACUCAAGCCAAUGUUAGUGGUAAUCUUGAGUAGCAGUGGCGUAGCGUGGGUUGUCAGCACCCGGGGCAAGGCAAGUAAUUUGCGCCUCCUAACCCGUGGAGCCAGGUAGGGGCAGAGAGCUGCGAGUGCGAGCGCGCCCCCCCCAGAUGUUGCGCCCGGUGUGGCCGGCCCCCCCUGCACCCCCCACGCUACGCCACUGUUGAGUAGAUUCAUUGAGGUUAAUGGGCAUGAUGACUUAAGUUAGGACCAUUCAUUUUGGUGGGUUUGCUCCAAGUAUAUCUGGAGAUAAUCUUUUGCUCCGAGGGCCAGGUGAUGUGAAAGAGAGCAGGGGGAGGGAAAUGUAGAUUGAUUACUGAAAGGUCUUCUUCCUCGCCACAGGAAGGCUGUGCUUCGUGAUGAUGAAUUAGGGCUCAGAGAAUCCUUUCUCUGAGCAAUGGAGACAAGAGGGUCUGUGAUCUUCAGCAUGACUGAGACUCAGCGCCUCUCCUUGGACGAAAAUACAGACCUAGCCAAUGGGGAUGCUGAACAGUUUGAUUCAGGUGGGCUUUUUGUUUUUGGCUAAGCUUUAUGAAGGGACGCGGGUGGCGCUGUGGGUUAAACCACAGAGCCUAGGACUUGCCGAUCAGAAGGUCGGCGGUUCGAAUCCCUGCGACGGGGUGAGCUCCCGUUGCUCGGUCCCUGCUCCUGCCAACCUAGCAGUUCGAAAGCACAUCAAAGUGCAAGUAGAUAAAUAGGUACCACUCCGGCGGGAAGGUAAACGGCGUUUCCGUGCGCUGCUCUGGUUCGCCAGAAGCGGCUUAGUCAUGCUGGCCACAUGACCCGGAAGCUGUAGGCCGGCUUCCUCGGCCAAUAAAGCGAGAUGAGCGCCGCAACCCCAGAGUCGGUCACGACUGGACCUAAUGGUCAGGGGUCCCUUUACCUUUACCUUUAAGCUUUACGAGCCGGUGUACUGCAGCAGUUAAGAUAAUAAUAAUAAUAAUAAUAAUAAUAAUAAUAAUAACAAUAAUAAUUUUAUCUAUACCCCGUCCUCCCAAGCCAAGACCAGGCCCAGGGUGGCUAACACCAGAUAUAAAAACAAUCGAUUAAAAUACAACUUAAAAACAAGAUUAAAGUACAACAUUAAAACGCAACCUCAUUUCAGUAGAAGCUCAAAUCAAAAACUUUUUGGGGAUGAAAACAUCAAAACUUCACCAAGGCCAAAUAUCCAGACUGGUCCUACAUGGGCCAAAGAAAAGCCAGCCAGCAAGUGUUUGAAGGAGCCAUGCGUGGCUAGAUUCAAGUCCCUACUCAGCUGUGAAGGUCGCUGGGCAACCUUGAGCCAAUCCCGAACUCUUGGCCUAGCCUACCUCACAGGGAUGUUGUGAUUAGUGACAGACUAGGGAGAACAGUAACACACUGCCCUGAGCAAUCGGAAAAGAGCUGGGAUAUAAAUAAAUACAGCUAAUUCACAGGGAUGGAGAAAUCUGUUCAUUUUGGUUGCUCUCCAUUUCCCAAUUUUAUAUUCGCUUCCCUGCAUCAGUUUGCAAUUAUUAUUAUUAUUAUUAUUAUUAUUAUUAUUAUUAGUUCUCACCAAAUGUUAAGGAAAGUGGGGUAUGUGAAGUUGCUCAUCAGUGCUCAGCUCCUGGCCAGCAGGCCCACAUGGUCACUGCUUUCCCCAAUCACCUGGUGAGACAUAGUGCAUUUUGAAAGUACUUCUCGCAGCGCAUUGUUAAACUAUGGAACUCCCUCCCACUGGCCGCAGGGAUGGUCACCAGCAUAAAGGUAAAGGGAACCCUGACCAUUAGGUCCAGUUAUGGCCGACUCUGGGGUUGCGGCGCUCAUCUCGCUUUACUGGCCGAGGAAGCCGGCCUACAGCUUCCGGGUCAUGUGGCCAGCAUGACUAAGCCGCUUCUGGCUAACCAGAGCAGCGCACGGAAACACCAUUUACCUUCCCGCCGGAGUGGUACCUAUUUAUCUACUUGCACUUUGGCGUGCUUUUGAACUGCUAGGUGGGCAGGAGCAGAGACUGAGCAACGGGAGCUCACCCCGUUGUGGGGAUUCGAACCACCGACCUUUUGAUCGGCAAGUCCUAGGCUCUGUGGUUUAACCCACAGCGCCACCCGCGUCCCUGGUCACCAGCAUAGAUGGCUUUAAAAGAGGGUUAGACAAAUUCAUGGAGGAGAGGACCGUCUCAGGCUGCUAGGGUGCUCUGCCUCCACACUUCUGAAUACCAGUCACUGGAAGCCUUGUGUUCGAAUCCUGCUUGCGGGUUUCCCACAGGCAUCUGGUUGGCCACUGUGAGAACAGGGUGCUGGACUAGAUGGGUCAUUGGCCUGAUCCAGCAGACGCUUCUUAUGCUCUUAUAUUGAUUUAAAUUGUAAAUUUAUUUAUUUUUUAGAAAAUUGAAUCUAUACAUGUACAGCCAUACCUCGGGUUGAAGUAGCUGCAAGUUACCGUAUUUUUCGCCCUAUAGGGCGCACCGGCCCAUAGGGCGCACCUAGUUUUUUUGGGGGGGAAAUAAAGAAAAAAAAUAUUAUUUCCCCCCCAAGGGCUCCCAAGGCUUGCGGAUAGCUUCCUGAAGCCUGCAUUUGCCCCAUAGGACGCAUACACAUUUCACCUUCAUUUCUGGAGGGGAAAAAGUGCGUCCUAUAGGGCGAAAAAUACGGUAAGUAUUUUCGGGUUGCGCUCUGUGGCAACCUGGGAGUAACGGAGCGCGUUAUUUCCGGGUUUCGCCUCUCGCGCAUGCUCAGACGCUCAAAAUGAUGUCACGCGCAUGCACAGAAGUGGCGAAACGCGACCUGCGCACAUGUUAUGUUUACUUCACGAUGCGAAUGGGGCUCCGGAAUGGAUCCCGUUCGUAUCUAGAGGUACCACUGUACAUUAGCACACACAAAAUUUAUGCAGAUGUUUCAUGCCUUUCUCCUUUCUUUCCUGUGGCGAUACAUUCCCUCUUUUUUUGAUGAUGUAGAAAAGGCUAGCCUAACAGAAGCCCACCUUUUCGUGGAGCAGACAGAGUUGACUAAGUACCAGCUGAUAAACAGCUAAAGUUGUGCCACUAAACGUAUUAGAGAAGCAAGGAAAGUGAUUGAAAGGCAACUAAGCAAAGCUAUUCAAAUCUGCUUCUAAUGAGCCUAUUCGCUCAUUCUUCAUUUUCUCACAUAACCUGUACAACACAAGACCUCCUUGCUGGCUUGAACACAUAACAUACGUGUUUUUGUUUUAUAUUAAGCAGAUGAAAGUUCAAAUUCCGAAGACGUUGAUUUCAACUGGGAUGAAUACUUGGAAGAGACAGGAUCUUGCGCUGCCCCUCACACUUCGUUUAAGCACGUAGGUAUUUUUUGCCUGGAGUUUCUAGUCCUCAUUAUCAAUGAUGAAACCUUGCAAACAGUGUUAGAAACUCAGAUAUCUCAGCCGGGUGCCAAAUGGCUCCUUACACCAAGUAAACCUGGUUUACUGUCUAGGUGCCAUUUUGGGGCCAGACGGCUGUAAAGUCCUAUUUGUCAGAACAACUUUUUGGUUUCCGAAAUUUGUUCCGAUUGUGCAGAUAAAAUAUAACAGACAGAAUUCUACAGGACGUGUUGUUAGUGUGUGAAAACAGGCAAGGCCCAAGGAUCCCCAGCUGGUGGGAGUGUCAGGUGCCAUCCUGGCACCCAGGCAUCUUCACUUGGUCACAAGUUGUCAACAGCCAGGGGCAAAAUGUGCCUGGCGAAUUCUGAAUACAGAGCUGUAUCCCUUCUGCAAGAGGAAGAAUCUAGUCCUCAUGGUUUCCCACAAAAGUCUGGCUUAAAUAGGAACAGACUCAGGCCAUUGGGGCAUCUAGUUCAGUACUGUCUACACCAGGGACAGUGCUCCCAUCAUCCCUGACGACGGGGCAUGUGGCACUGGCUGACAGUAGCUCCCUGCGGGGUUUGGGCCAGGACAUAAUGUAAUUAACAACCAACAGCGGAGAAGUUUCGGAAACGUGCUGUGCUGGUUUGUGUGAACAAGGAGGGGGUGUGUGGCAAGAUUUUGGCAACGCUGCUGGAGCUGGAAUAUUUAAUUGAUUAAAGGAAGGCACCCCCUAUAGCCUCUUGGAAGAAGGAGGGGGAUCCUAGAUUGACAGGCAAAACACACAAAGUUUAUGGGCUGUAUCCAACUUUAGCCACACAAAUAUUUACGCAAAUAUAUGCAGGUUUCACUGCUCAUCAUGUCGAUGGUCAUUCGAGGGCCAUGGAGCCCAGUUCUAGGCAGGUUUACUCAGAAGUACAAAAGUGUUUCUCUCGCAGCAACAGACCCAUAGAAUUGUGGAGUCGGAAGAGACAUGACAGGGUUAGAAACUUGGGUAUAUAAGGUAGGCGACAAAUGGCAACUUGAAUCCAGGUUGCAGUUGCUGCAAUGGAAUAUCUAUUCCCCAGAGGGGUUGGACUAAAUGACCCUCAGAGUCCCUUCCAAUGCUACAAUUCUAUGAGCUCAACUACAUUGCUUGAUUGUAGCUUCCUCUUACAAAAUUCACUUGUCCCAGUGUGCAAGAAAGAGGAAUGCGCACGGUGGAAAUGGAAAUUACUAUGGAGUAAGUCUCUACAUGGAGUAAUUCUCUACAUGGGCACAAUUGGAUCCACACCAGUAGCAAAACGCGCCUGGCUAAUUUUGAGCACUGCCUGAGGAUCAUCUCGUCCAACCCCCUGCGCAAACCCCCCUAGUAAACCAGUCGCCAGAACAGAAUGUCUGGUUGCCAUUUGAGGGCAAGACAGCUUCAAAGUCUUACUUUUCAGAUGACUGGGAUUGAUUCUCAGUUAAACAUCUGGCAAGUUCAGAUGAUGACCUUGAGCUCGGUUGAGAACUUUGAGAACCUAAAGAAGAGAAGUCACUUGAUCCAGGGACAGUUCACAUGUCCACCGACCUAUUUCACCCUCUUUUUCUUAAUGGUGACUGCUCCUGCUCCAGAAAUUCUGAUUGUUCCCAUAAAAUAUAACGGAUAGAUUUCUACAGGAUGGGAUAUUAGAAACACUCCAGAUCCAAUGAUCCCCAGAUGGUGGAGAUGUCAGGCAAUAUCCUGGUGCUCAGGCAUCUUCUCUUGGUCGCAGGUGGUCGAAAACCAGGGGCAAAAUGCGCCUGGCGCUUGGCUAAUUUCGAACACUGCUUGAAAACAUGGUGCCUAGUUAGACACUGGAAUCUGCUCCCAUGAGAGAGAGCGAAUGGCUUUCCAGUGUGUUAGACAAAUUCACAGAGGAUAAGGCUGUGUUCUAGCACCUGUGUCAGAGGCAGUGCUCCUGAGAGUGCUGUUGCUCUCAGGUCUUGCUUGUGGGAAGCCCACAGGCCUAUGGUUAACCACUGUGAGAAGGGAUGUGGAUGGCGCUGUCGUCUAAACCACUGAGCUUCUUGGGCUUGCCGAUCGGAAGGUUGGCGGUUCGAAUCCCCGCGACGGGGUGAGCUCCUGUUGCUCUGUCCCAGCUCCUGCCAUCCUAGCAGUUCAAAAGCACGCCAGUGCAAGUGGAUAAAUAGAUGUACCACUGCAGUGAAAAGGAAAACAGCGUCAGACAGUACUAGGUCUAGAAACAUUUAGACCUGCACAUUUGUAAAGGCUGUUUUAAUAAUAAUAAUAAUAAUAAUAAUAAUAAUAAUAAUAAUAAUAAUAAUAAUAAAUUUUAUUUAUACCCUGCCCUCCCUGGCCAGAGCUGGGCUCAGGGCGGCUAACACCAGUAAAAUUACAAUAGAAACAUAAUAGGGGGGAAAACAAAACAAAAACCCAAUUUAAAAUACAGGUUAAAAUGCAAUUUAAAAAGCAGCCUCAUUUUAAAAGUAGCCCAUACAGUGAUACCUCGGGUUAAGUACUUAAUUCGUUCCGGAGGUCCAUUCUUAACCUGAAACUGUUCUUAACCUGAAGCACCACUUUAGCUAAUGGGGCCUCCCGCUGCUGCCGUGCCGCCGGAGCACGAUUUCUGUUCUCAUCCUGAUGCAAAGUUCUUAACCCGAGGUAAUAUUUCUGGGUUAGCGGAGUCUGUAACCUGAAGCGUCUGUAACCUGAGGUACCACUGUAAAUCAAAACCGUAAGGGGAGGGAAGACAUAAGGCUCAGACUGAGUUUGAACCAAAGGCCAGGCGGAACAGCUCUGUCUUGCAGGCCCUGCGGAAAGAUGUCAAGUCCCGCAGGACCCUAGUCUCUUGUGACAGAGCGUUCCACCAAGUCGGGGCCAGUACUGAAAAGGCCCUGGCUCUAGUUGAGACCAAUCUAACCACCUUGCGACUUGGGACCUCCAAGGUGUUGUCAUUUGUGGACCUUAAGGUCCUCCGUGGGGCAUACCAGGCGGUCCCAUAGGUACAAGGGUCCUGGGCCGCAUAGGGCUUUGAAGGUCAAAACCAGCACCUUAAACCUGACCCUGUACUCCACCAGGAGCCAGUGCAGUUGGUAAAGCACUGGAUGAAUGUGAUCCCGCGGCGAUGACCCCGUAAGGAGCCUCUCCACGGCAUUCUGCUCCUGCUGGAGUUCUAGAGGAAUUGUAUCUUGCUUCCUUCUUUUUCCUUAAGCCAAAGCAACCCUGUUUCUUUCUCCUUUUGGGGAAGGUGGAAGUCAGCCUGCAGAGCAGUUUCCAACCCGGCAUGAAGCUAGAGGUGGCCAACAAACACAACCCAGAGACCUACUGGGUGGCAACCAUCAUCACCACAUGCGGACAGCUCUUGCUGCUGCGUUACUGCGGCUAUGAAGACGACCGCAGAGCUGAUUUCUGGUGUGACGUGAUGACAGCCGAUCUCCACCCUGUGGGUUGGUGCACCCAGAACAACAAAGUUCUGAUGCCUCCCAAUGGUAAGUAAGUCUGGCAUCUUGAUACGGCGAUGUUGGCCAACAUCUUCUGCUUAGUAUUCUAGGGAUGAUGAUGAUGAUGAUAAUGAUAAUGAUAAUAAUAAUAUGUACACACACAAUAAUAAUUUAAUAUUGUGCCCGCAAAUUUUGAUCACUGGCAGGCUACGUCGGGCUGAAACGAUCUGCCACCGCAAAAAUAACUUCAGUGUAGAAGGGCCAUAGCUCAGGAUUGCUGUAGGGGUGGAGGAGAAAUUUGAUUAAUUCAUUCAUUUAUUGAAUUUAUAUACCACCCUAUACCCAGAGGUACAGUGGUACCUCAGGUUAAGUACUUAAUUUGUUCUGGAGGUCCGUUCUUAACCUGAAACUGUUCUUAACCUGAAGCACCACUUUAGCUAAUGGGGCCUCCUGCUGCCGCCACGCCGCCGGAGCACGAUUUCUGUUCUUAUCCUGAAGCAAAGCUCUUAACCUGAAGCACUAUUUCUGGGUUAGCGGAGUCUGUAACCUGAAGUGUAUGUAACCCGAGGUACCACUGUAUAUACCACCCUAUACCCAGAGGGAUGCGGAUGGCGCUGUUGUCUAAAGUACAGAGCGUAGGGUUUGCUGAUCAGAAGGUCAGCGGUUUGAAUCCCCACGACGGGGUGAGCUCCCGUUGCUCGGUCCCUGCUCCUGCCAACCUAGCAGUUCGAAAGCACGUCAAAGUGCAAGUAGAUAAAUAGGUACCGCUCCAGAGGGAAGGUAAACGGCGUUUCUGUGCGCUGCUCUGGUUCUCCAGAAGCGGGUUAGUCAUCCUGGUCACAUGACCCGGAAGCUGUACGCCGACUCCCUUGGCCAUGAAGCGAGAUGAGCGCCGCAACCCCAGAGUCGGCCACGGCUGGACCUAACAGUCAGGGGUCCCUUUACCUUUUAUACCCAGAAGUCUCAGGGCAAUUCACAAAAAAGAUCACAAUAUAUAAAAUCAAAAUAAAAACAAUAACCCAAUAACGUCUGUCCCCUCUAAAGAGCCACAUUUUAAAGGGUAUAGGGUGUUGAUCAGGUCAACCAAAGGCCUGGUUAAAAAGGAACGUUUUUGCCUAGCAUCUAAAGGUGUAUAAUGAAGGCGCCAGGUGAACUUCCCUGGGGAGAGCAUUCCACAGACGGGGAGCCACUGCAGAGAAGGCCCCGUUCCUGUGUUGCUGCCCUCCAGACCUUUUGAGGAGGAGGCACACAAAGAAGGGCCUCAGAUGACAAUCUCAGGCUCUGGGUAGGUUCAUAUGCAAAGAGGCGGUCCUUGAGGUAUUGCGGUCCUGAGUUGUUUAAGGCUUUAUAGGUCAAAACCAGCACUUUGAAUUGGACCGGAAACUAAUCAGUAGCCAGUGCAGUCGGCGGCUCUAUCAAUUUUGCACUUUCAGAAACUAUAUGUCAACCCAAACGCAGUUGUCCUUCAAAAUUAAGCUUAGCCGAAUUCUGUGAUCCGUUUCUCCAGCCAAAUAAUGUUUACCCCCUCCAAAAUAAAAAAUGGCAAUGUUUUAAAAACUGUUUUAUUAUGGUUGUGUUUGCCUCCCUGCCCUCCUUUGGGAGGAAAGACGGGAUGGAAAUUGAAUGAAUAAAUAAAGAUAAAUAGCUGUGCAUGUAGCAAACUUUUGCCAGCACCUGUGCAUGAGCUCUCAGGUCAACUUCUGUCCUCUUUUCCUGAACCUUAUCUCAUGCGAGCACAUACGGACAUACUGAAAAAAAGAAAACGAAUUUGAAAAUUGAGCUAGCCGUGAAUCCAGGAAAUUCACAUGGAGACAGUAUGUGUGAGCGUGUGCAUUAGCCGUCACCCCCUUCCCCAACUCUGCUUUUUGCAGUGUGGUUUGUAAUUCAUUUUUGGCAAGGAGAGGAGAAGGGAUUCGCAGAGGCAAGUGAAUCAUGAUCUGCUUGGGUCAAAAGGGAAGAGUUUUUAUUGAGUGCUGUAAUGACUGGUUUGCAGCUGGAGGGUUCACAGAGAUGCUGAAUUGUGCCUAGUUUAUGUUGAUGUGAUGCGUUGCCCGACACCAUAUGACACAUUUGCUAAAUAACCUCAGAGUACCGUCUAUCAUGGGAUGCGGGUGACACUGUGGUCUAAACCACAGAGCCUAGGGCUUGCCAAUCAGAAGGUCGGUGGUUCGAAUCCCCACGACAGGGUGAGCUCCCGUUGCUCCUGCCAACCUAGCAGUUCAAAAGCAUGUCAAAGUGCAAGUAGAUAAAUACCAUAUUUUUCGCUCUAUAGGACGCACUUUUCCCCCUCCAAAAAUUAAGGGGAAAUGUGUGUGCGUCCCAUGGAGCGAAUGCAGGCUCCUUGGCUUCAGCGAUAGCAACGCAAAGCCUCCGAAGCCUGCGCUCCAGAGGCUUUGCGUUGCUUUCUCUUAAGCCAGGAGAGUCUGCUCUUUGAGGCUGGCGGUGGGGGAAAGCAGUGCUUCCCCCCAGCGCCAGCCCCACAAGCUCUGGGGGCAGCGGGAAGGCGCACAACGCCUUAGUGCUGCUCCCCAAUCCGGUUUUGAGGCUGGCGGUGGAGGAAAGCAGCGCUUCACUCCUCCGCCAGCCCCACAAGCUCGGGGUGGCAGCAGGAAGGCGCGCGACACCUUAGCGCUGCUCCCCGACCCGGUUUUGAGGCUGGCGGUGGGGGAAAGCAGCGCUUCCCCCCACCGCCAGCCCCACAAGCUGGGUCGAAAACCCCGCAGGAGCCGCGCGCUCUUUAAAGGGUGUGCGGCCGCUGUGGGCUUUUGCGGGAGAUGGGGGAAUUCCCAUCCCGGUCGAAAAGCACACAAAAGCGGUCUUUAAAGGGUGCACGGCUUCUGCUGGCUUUUCUACGAGGUGGGGGAAUUCCCCCACCUCGUAGAAAAGCCCGCAGGAGCCACGCACCCUUUAAAGAGCGCGCCACCUUUGGGGGCUUUUCCCCGAGGAGGGACAAGGGACUGACUGGCCGCGUCAGUCCUUUCUCCCUCCUUGUAGAAAAGCCUGCAGGAGUCGCGCGGGGCUCCUGUGGGCUUUUGCGGGAGAUGGGGGAAUUCCCCCACCUCCCGCAAAAGCAGGGAGAAGGUCUGGGAGAAGCGCACAGGCUGUGUGCAGCCUGUCCGCUGCUCCCAGAGCUGCGGGGGGGUUCAUAUUUUUUUCCUUGAUUUCCCCCUCUGAAAACUAGGUGCGCCCUAUGGUCUGGUGCGCCCUAUAGAGCGAAAAAUACGGUAGGUACCGCUCUGGCGGGAAGGUAAACGGCGUUUCCGUGCGCUGCUCUGGUUCUCCAGAAGCGGCUUAGUCAUGUUGGUCACAAGACCCGGAAGCUGUACGCCGGCUCCCUCGACCAAUAAAGUGAGAUGAGCGCUGCAACCCCAGAGUCGGCCAUGGCUGGACCUAUCAUAGCCUCCUGCAGCUUAGAUCUUUUGGACUCCCAUCAGGUGUUUUGGCUGGGGUUGAUGGGAGUUGGAGUCCGAAACCCAGGUGCUGGAGAGGAAGCGGAAAGGUCCAAGGUCCAAUUCCUGGCAUUUUCAGAUAGGGCCGGGAAUGCGGUCUCCUACCGCUCCCCCCUCUGUAGAAUCUCUGGCAGCCACUGUGGACCACUCUAUUCUGUCUUGGUCAGGCCCCACCUGGAAUACUGUGUCCAGUUCUGAGCGUCACAAUUUAAGAAGGCUGUUAGCCUGCAAAAUAAGCAUGUUUUUCCUCCGUAUAUUUUAUAGCAAAGCAUAAUGACAGCUGCCAAAUAAUGCAAAACGAAAGCAGAAGAACUAAAGAUGUAGGAAGUAAUCUCCACACCCAAAUCAAACCUAAUGAAUUAAUACCAGCAGGUUCCAAGUAACACAGAUGGCUUUACAUUAUCCUGUACCUUAUUACUCUAGUACACUGGGGGGAAAAAUCUCAAUUUCUCAAUGAGGCAUGUCCCAUAUGGGGAUCAAACGUGCAACCUUGGCAUUAUCAGCAGCAUGCUCUAACCAUCUGAGCUAUCCAGGCUGUCACAUUUCAGGUGGUUGGCUGUGCCCACUUGUCAAGGAAGCCUGGGGUGGGUAGGCCAGUUCUGGUUCCAUCCCUCUGACCAGACCCGGUUCCCUAUCCCUGCACUAGAACACUAUUCUUGGCUUGUCAACAGUGUGGUGUAGUGGUUAGAGUGUUGGAUUCUGACCAGGGAUUCCAGGGUUCAAAUCCUCAGCCAUGAAGCUCUCUGGACCAGCCAUAGUCUCCGUCCAACCUGCCCCACGGUUGUGGGGAAGACAACAUGGGGUGGGGAGGAAUCAUGUCAGUUGGUGAGAGCGUGGUGCUGAUAACGUCAAGAUUGCAGGUUCAAUUCUUGUAUGAGACAGCUACAUAUUCCUGCAUUGCAGGGGGUUGGACUAGAAGUUCCCAAACCUGGGUCUCCAACUAUUUUUGGACUACAGUUCCCAUCAUCCCUGCCCACUGGUCUUGCUAGCUACGGAUGAUGGGAGUUGUAGUCCAAAAACAGCCGAGGAGCCAAGUUUGGGAAAUCUUGGAUUAGAUGAUCUUCAGAAUCCCAACUCUACAGUUCUACGUCCACCAGUUUGAGCCCCUUGGAAGAAACAUAGGAUAUGAACGACAUGAUAAAUAAAUUCCCAUCAUAGGUGGCAAAUGCCCAAGACGUUUUGCUCCUCUGGGCAAAGGACUAAAUCCGACUGGAAUGAAAAGCUGCCUCACUUUGCCCAGUGAUAGAGCCAGCCCUGGGCAUGGGCUUGCCAUAGCGUACAAGCUUCUUGGUAAACAACCAGAGGAACAUAGGAAACUUCCUUCUACCAGUUAAGACCAUUGGUCUGUCUACCUCAGUAUCGGCAACUCUGACCAUAGCUGUCACAGUCCCUUAUCCCAGCGCCAUGUCCCACUGCUGUCCCUUAUUGAUGGAUGUCCCUUAAAUUUCCCGGGUUUCAAAGGAAGCAGCUCCUCUCCCUCCCUCCCUGCCGGCCAGGGAGACUCCAACUGUGUUGCUUGGCUGCCCGGCCCGUCCCCCUCCGGCCUCCUCUCACCAGCCUCGGCCCCCGGGAACCCCUCACCGCCGGGACUGGUGGGAGCCUUGGGCCCUUCCGCCACCAUCCUCCUCGCAGCCGCCGAACUGAGCAUCUCUGCCUGGGGCCUCCCCUUUGCCCUACGCUGCUGCGCUCGCUAGGACGUACUGCGGCUGCGCCGCCGAAGGACCUGAAUGAGAUGGGCAGCCUGGCAUGGUCUAUGAAUUGAUGAGGAGCCUUGAGAGGAGAGCAAGGGCAACCAUAGAGAAAGCAGUUCAGAGAGAGGAGGAAGAGGAGGAGGAGGAGGUGCGGGCAGGUGUUCCAAGGGCUACAAGGGAAGGACUGCAAGUGCUUCUCCCAUAGAUUUGUAGUGGUGGACUAGCAUAGAUGGUCUGAUCUGCUGGUUUACUUCGGGUGCUAUUUCCCCACCCCCCACCCCACCUGAUGGAACUGAGAGCUGCAGAUGGAGCACGAGAGAAAAGAUACAGAACUGCAGCAGCAUCUUCGUAGCUUGGACUUCGUUUUGCGCGAAAAGUGGUUGCUGCUUGUAAUUAUUUAAUUGCAGUGUUUCAUCGGCUGGUGUCUUGAGCAGCAACCUCUGGAAACGAAGGGCUAAAAACCGGCGCUGCUCUCCAAAAUUAUCUGGUCCCUUUUAACUGGUUGACUAAAAUCCCUUAUUUUGGCUGCUGGUCCCUUAUUUUCAAAUCUGUAAGUUGACAGCUAUGACUCUGACUGGCAGUGGCUCUCCAAGAUUUCAGACGGGGAGUUUUUCCCAGUCCUACCUAGAGAUGGCGGGGAUUGAAUUGGGGGCGUUCUGCAUGCAAGGCAGACGUCCUGUCGCUGAGCUCUGGCCCCCAGCCCUGCUUCAUCAAAAGAAAUUUGACUGCCCUUUGCAACAACUUCCAAAUAAUUUGCGAGCAAAGCAAGCAAGAAGUGGUGUGAAAUGCCCGGACUUCAUCCAAACAGCAGGUGCCAAAUGAACGGCAUGUAACGACUUCUAAGUAAUAUUGUGGCUGCAGCCAAAUACCGAGUGGAAAUUUAUGGAAGAUUUAAUGAAUGAAUAUUUUGCGCCCGUUCAGUUCUUCUCGGGUAGUAAAUGAUUUAGCAGUGUACAAAGGAGCCACCUUCAGGGUUUGUUUAGGUUUUUAAAUUGAACUAAUUUAAUCAACUUCUUCAGUCAGGCUUGAUAUUGGAUUCUUUCUGCAUGCUGUACUGUAUUUAAAGAUUGUUGGGGACUCUCCGCCCCCUUCUCCUCUUUCAGAUUAAAUAAUAAUAAUAUGGAUUUAUUUUCAUUUAUUUUUUGGUUAGAAAACUUGGAAGAAUUUGUUUCUCUAAUUGUUUUUCCAUAAGCUAAGUUGGAGUUCCAUGGAGUAUGGAGCUAAGUUCCAUAAGCUGAUUUUGGAGAUCAGUUGCUGGUUUUUUAAAAAAAUUGGGGGGGGAUGAGCUGAAUCUGCUGAGGAUAUUGAUUAGAUCAUGUUGACUAAAAGACAACAACAGCCUUUUUACAUUGGGGGGGAGCGGCAUAUAAAUCAAAAUAAUGAUGAUGGGGAAAUAAAAAGAUCUUGGUGCCCAAGAGAUAUUGGGGUUUGUGCUGAGCUAGCUUCUUGGAGGGAAUAUUCCAAAAAGCGGUGUCACCACUGAAAAGUCCCUGCCUCAUCAUUGCAGAGCUGAGAUGGGGAAUCUGCACUCUCUGGGUGGGAGCCUAGUGGUGACUGGUGCCCUUUUAAGGUAGGGUAGAAAGGGCUCCAUGAUCACGGCAGAUGGUGACAGUUGUCAUGAAAUUAAAAGACGCCUGCUUCUUGGGAGAAAAGCAAUGACAAACAUAGACAGCAUCUUAAAAAGCAGAGACAUCACCUUGCCAACAAAGGUCCGUAUAGUUAAAGCUAUGGUUUUCCCAGUAGUGAUGUAUGGAAGUGAGAGCUGGACCAUAAAGAAGGCUGAUUGCCAAAGAAUUGAUGCUUUUGAAUUGUGGUGCUGGAGGAGGCUCUUGAGAGUUCCAUGCUGCAAGAAGAUCAAACCUCUCCAUUCUGAAGGAAAUCAGCCCUGAGUGCUCACUGGAAGGACAAAUCGUGAAGCUGAGGCUCCAAUACUUUGGCCACCUCAUGAGAAGAGAAGACUCCCUGGAAAAGACCCUGAUGUUGGGAAAGAUGGAGGGCAUAAGGAGAAGGGGACGACAGAGGACGAGAUGGUUGGACAGUGUUCUCAAAGCUACCAGCAUGAGUUUGAGCAAACUGCGGGAGGCAGUGGAAGACAGGAGUGCCUGGCGUGCUCUGGUCCAUGGGGUCACGAAGAGUCGGACCCGACUAAACAACAACAACAACAACAACAACAACAACAUAAGUUUGUUUAGUGUUCUGCUUUGUGUUUGUAAAUAUUGCAUUUAUCAAUAAAAGUUAAAAAAAGAGUCGGACACGACUAAACGACUAAACAACAAUGCCGUCCUAACCAUGCUGCAAACUUUGCCCACCAAUUUUGGUUUAGGAUCUGUUCCCUCCAUUGGCUACUGAUGCGACGCUUCCUGUGGGUAAGCAACAACCCUUUCCCCACCGCAAGUGUGGUAGACUAUACUGAGCUACAGGGGCCAUUGGUUUGACUCUGUAUUUGACAGCUUCCUGCGCAGGCCUGAAGUCGCUUAAUGAACACGUUUGGCAGUCCCUUGGAGCACUGCGUGCGCCAAUCUCCUCCCCGUGAAAAACCUCCUUUAUUUUUUGAAACGGCAUCCUCGUGGCAGGCUACAGAUGGACGGUGCCUGUCGUAAAAAAUAAGGAGGCUCAGAUUUAUGGGACGCUCGGAAUGAAUAACCGCCGCUCUGGGAGGCAGUGAAACCGUUUUAAUGAAAUGACCCUGCGCUAUAUGAAAAUAUCCACUCGCCAACACCGCCUUUAUGACAGCUGGGAAGUUGAUUUUGGGAGGAAACAAAGGGAGAUGAAGAGGAUUUAUUGUGCUAUCACCCUGCGUGGUGCAACAUACAUAUCAAUUAUAUGAGGGGAGACGGGGGAUUAUUUAAUAGGCGUAAAUAAAUGCAUGAGGAGAGGAAAUAAAGGUCUCUGCCUCAAACUGCUUACAAUCUUAAGCUUGAAAGAAGUAUAGAGGACAUGGCAACAGGGAGUCGAAGACUGAUGGACCCACAUCAGAUAUCUAGGGAGGGGGUAUCACCCCCCAAAUACCUUAACUUGUAACUAUUUAGGGCCUGGAAGCACCAAUAAAUCUUUGGCCGUGUGCUCUCCCAAGCCCACAUUCCCAACAUGUUUGCACUUCUGUCUCAGCGACGUCUACGCUGGCUUGGUUCUAAACCACUGAGCCUCUUGGGCUUGCCGAUCAGAAGGUCGGCGGUUCGAAUCCCCACGACGGGGUGAACUCCCGCUGCUGUGUCCCUGCUCCUGCCAACCUAGCAGUUCGAAAGCACAUCAAAGUGCAAGUAGAUAAAUAGGUACCGCUCUGGUGGGAAGGUAAACAGCAUUUCCGUGCACUGCUCUGGUUUCAGAGUUCUGUUGCGCCAGAAGCGGUUUAGUCCUGCUGGCCACAUGACCCGGAAAGCUGUCUGUGGACAAACGCCGUCUCCCUCGGCCUGAAAGCGAGAUGAGCGCCGCAACCCCAUAGUCGCCUUGGAUUGGACUUAACUGUCCAGGGGUCCUUUAACCUAUCCACAGAAUGGGAGAUGGCACGAUCCCCAAGGAGCUGGCUUCAGGCACCAGUCUUGUUGGCAGACCAAGUCUGUGGCACAAAGGGGUCUGCAAGCGUGACGCCUGACUUCACAUGCAGACAAAGAUCUUAACUCACUGAGGGUUUGAGACCCAUUGGCUCCCCUCACCUGGUUUAGCCGGCCAGUCAACGCCAUUCCUGGGGUGCAGCUGCAGUUGCAUGCUAACAGCUUCUAGGAGCCACAGGUGAGAGCUGAGUGCAAGGUAGAGGCCAAAGGUGGACAAAUGACCCCAGAAUAAGCAAGACAUGCCCCUCCCCCCACAAUCCAUACACCCCAGGGCAGCUGUUGGGAAUGAUCAUUUCAUACCCAUGCUCUGGUUAUCUCCCGCUUGGACUACUGCAAUGCGCUCUACGUGGGGCUACCUUCGAAGGUGACCCGGAAACUACAACUAAUCCAGAAUGCGGCAGCCAGACUGGGGACUGGGAGCGGCUGCCGAGACCACAUAACACCGGUCCUGAAAGACCUACAUUGGCUCCCAGUAGGUUUCCGAGCACAAUUCAAAGUGUUGGUGCUAACCUUUAAAGCCCUAAACAGCCUCGGUCCAGUAUAUCUGAAGGAGCGUCUCCACCCCCAUCGUUCUGCCCGGACACUGAGGUCCAGCGCCGAGGGCCUUCUGGCGGUUCCCUCGUUGCGAGAAGCCAAGUUACAGGGAACCAGGCAGAGGGCCUUCUCGGUAGUGGCACCCGCCCUGUGGAACACCCUCCCACCAGAUGUCAAAGAGAAAAACAACUACCAGACUUUUAGAAGACAUCUGAAGGCAGCCUUGUUUAGGGAAGCUUUUAAUGUUUGAUGCAUUACUGUAUUUUAAUAUUUUGUUGGAAGCCGCCCAGAGUGGCUGGGGAAGCCCAGCCAGAUGGGCGGGGUAUAAAUAAUAGAUUUAUUAUUAUUAUUAUUAUUAUUAUUAUUAUUAUUAUUAAAGCUAUCAGGCAAUGUUCCUUCUCCUUCCUGCCCCAAGCAGCCAAGAUCAGGCUUGGCUAAGUUCGAAGCCCCUACGAAAAUUCCUUCCCAGAGGCAAAUGUUGCUCUAAUGAACUUAACUAUUGACCUUUGAUACACAGAAGUAAGCAGCCUAACUAGACGAGGCUUGGAGGCAAUGCGGAGAGCAAGCCUUAAGUCUGUAGGGGGAAAGAAGGUCCCAUUUAUCUGCGUGAACCUUCCAGCUAAUGCAGCACUUUAUUUCCACGGCCAUAAAAUUGCUAAUUCCUCUGGAGACGCUAUUCAAAGAUAGCAUUGUGUAAUACCGUACGGUUAGUUAUUAUUUUAAUUUUUUUCUUUUUUCUUUUACAAGGGAUGAGAGCAGUCACCUUUGCAUUUUCCCCCACCCCCCUAGUUUAAAUAGAUUUACACAAAGCUCUAAAAGCAGAAAUGUAAUAAGCAAUACACAUGUUCCGGAUAAGGUGAGUUUAAUCACAGAGGCGCUGAUAGACCGAAAGUGUGUCUGGAAUAAAGCACCGCUCUGUUAACAGGGCAGAAAUUCGGCAUAUUUAUAUAUUAUGCCUGGCCAAUCUGAAGGCCUCAUACUGUCUACCAAUCAGAAGGGCCGAUGUUGCAGGCCCCCAUUCCUGUCCCCCAUGUAGCCCAGAGGGCCCAGAGGUCUGAGUGCAAGUGCAGGGACGUGAUUGGAUAUUUUUGUUGCCCUAAAUGAGGGAUGGAGAAGCCAUGAAUCUUCAGGCAUUGUUGGACUCCAACUCCCAUCAGCCUCAGCCAGCAUGAGCAAUGGUCAGGGAUGAUGGGAGUUGUAGUCCAACAACACCUGGACAAGAGCAGAGUAUAACCUGCCGAGAAAAUAACAGUUCGUCUUCCUGAGAUCAGGCCUUUAUGGGGGGGGAAGGAGUCUCAGGGGCAUAGAAAGUCACCUUUAUACGGAGUCAAACCAUUGGUCCAUAUUGCUCAAUAGUAUCAGUUCCAUAAGUCACACAUUCCAUGUCUAGUUCUGGGCAUAGCUGUCAACUUUCCCCCUUUUUAAAGGGAAAUUCCCUUAUUCCGAAUAGGAUUCCUCGCAAGAAAAGGGAAAGGUUGACAGCUAUGGCUCUGGGCCCCACAAUUUAAGAAGGAUGUCGACAAGCUGGAAGGUGUGCAGAGGAGGGCGACCAAGAUUAUUAAGGGCAGGGGUAGGCAAACUAAGGCCCGGGGGCCGGAUCCGGCCCAAUCGCCUCCUCAAUCCAGCCCGCGGAUGGUCCGGGAAUCAGCGUGUUUUUACAUGAGUAGAAUGUGUGCUUUUAUUUAAAAUACAUCUCUGGGUUAUUUGUGGGGCCUGCCUGGUGUUUGUACAUGAGUAGAAUAUGUCCUUUUAUUUAAAAUGCAUCUCUGGGUUAUUUGUGGGGCAUAGGAAUUCGUUCAUAUAUUUUUUUCAAAAAUAGUCCGGCCCCCCACAUGGUCUGAGGGACGGUGGACCGGCCCACGACUGAAAAAGGUUGCUGACCCCCGAUCAAGGGUCUGGAAACCAUGCCUUAUGAGGAAUGGUUGAGGGAGCUGGGUGUGUUUAGCUUGGAAAAGAGGAGACUGAGAGGAGAUAGGAGAGCCAUCUUCAGAUAUCCCACACGGAAGAGGGAGCAAGCCUGUUUUCUCCUGCUCUGGAGGGUAGGACUCGAACCCAUGGCUUCAAGUUACAACAAGGGAGAUUCCGACUCAACGUCGGGGAUAACAGUAAAAGCUGUUUGACAGUGGGGAGAUGGUGGACUCUCCUUCCUUGGAGGUUUUUAAGCAGAGGUUGGAUGGUUGUCUACCAUGGAUGCCUUAGCUGAGAUUCCUGCAUUGCAGGGGGUUGGACUAGAUGACCCUUGGGUCCCUUCCAACUCCACCGUUCUAUGUUCCUAUGAAUGGUUCCUGCUGUUGCACUUCUAGCAAGCCAGGCAAAGGCUGCAGCUCUGUCCUGCCCCAUUGGUGCCCCUGCCCCACCUGUUUCUGACCCCCCUGCCUUCUUCUGCCCUACCAGUCGCAGUGGACACCAGCCACCAUCCUAAAUUAACUGAUGCUAUUCCCUGGUUGGAGCGAGAGUAUCUUAGCGGCUGGGCCUGGCUCCCUCGCCAGUGUCUUCCCCCUUGAAGAACCAGCUGGGUGACAAGUUAAUUAAAUAGCUCAUUUGUAACGGUUACAUCUUGCUGCUUUGUUUAGGCCUUGUCAUACAAUCGGUCCCCUUCAGCCGGUAAAUGAUGCUAUCUAUUGAUUCUCUGUGCUGGUAACAUUUACAGCCUUUUGUCAUCUGCUGUUUCCUUGAUGGAUCUGCUGGUAGCUGCUAAUGUCGGAGCCUGGAUACAAAUCCAGCCUUGUUGCUUGUUGGUUUUUUAAAUCCUCUUAUCCCCGCAGUUUUGGCCGACACUUUCACUGCUGCUAACGCAAUCCCUCUGGAGAGCUCCUGUCACCUCGCAAAUCCCAAUUUGUAACCUUGUAAUGUGUGGUGCUCAUGCACAUGCCCUCCCAACACCUUGAAGGCAAAAACCAAGACGCCAUGUUCCCAGAUGCCAUCUUCCUGUUUUGUAAUUGCGAGAGAACGGCGGCCAUUUUGGGCGCUGUGAUCGCACGUGAUUUCGCACUGCGAUAUCCUCCUGGGAAAAACAACAACUUUUUAGUGGGGUGGGGGAGAAAUUGCGGCGUGAAAUCAUGGGAGAUCACAAUGUCCAAUUUGGCCACCUUUCUCUCACGAUAAAAAACGGGGUGUCCAUGUUUUUCUGGGGUACGGGAUGUCCACUUUUUUGGGGUAUGCAUGCCUGGCUCACACCUAAAUCCAUGCAGUGCUAGGAACAACUAAUUUUCCCAGGGACACUCACUGGUACUUUUUACUGCUGAAUUUCCCUUCCCCCCCUUAUUUAUUUAUUUUCAUGGAUUUACUGCCUUUCUUCCACCAUGGAAACUCAAGUGGCUUGGGACGGAUGGUACCUGCAAACCAUAGUUUACUGGACCGAGAUUGUGAUGGGUCAUAGAAUUUGGAAGCUACCUCGUACAGUCUGCCUCUAUGUUUCGGUCUAGCCUUAUUACGGGUCAGAAUCUGUCGCCUUAGCUAAUCAUGUGCUCACUUUGCUUUCCCAGCUAUCAAGGAGAAAUACUCGGACUGGACGGCGUUCCUCAUAUGUGAUUUGACGGGCUCGCGAACGGCGCCUGCAAAUUUACUGGAAGGCGUAUGUAUUGAGUUAAUAUAUCCUCUUGAGUGCUACAGUGUUUGUGGUGGUACGAUUAUUUAAGCCUGUAAAAUUGACUCCCUUCUCCUCGCUUUUUAGCCCAGAUCUGACGAGGCGGCGGGUGAGAAGGAAAGCAUUGAUUGUUCGCAUGUGGGUCAUCUAAGACAGGCACAGCUUUUAAGUGCAAUUACAUUCUUAAGUGAUCGGAUUCUAGGCUAUUGGAGCGGUGGAGAGGGAGGCAAACAGAUCCAGAUUUUCUUAUUUGGGUUUCUUUCAACGCAUGGAAGCAAGACAGUCUAUGCUUGUUUGGAAUUCCUUUUCACAGUAAUGACCUUCGUAGAGACAUUGACCUGGUUAGUCUAGAGCAUAGGCGCUAGGUCUUGGGGUACCAGGGUACCCACAAAUUUUUUUAUGGGUGCUUAACAUUCACAACACAGGCCUCCGUUGUGACUCCUGGUUUCUAUUGGAAGUUGUCACAGAGCCCUGACACGACCUCCCAGAUGAUGUAGAAACCGGAAGUCGCUCAGAGGUCUUGGACGUAACCUCCGAGACCCUGUGAGGCCUUGAUAGUGCCGGCGCAUCGCCAAUGUGAUGUCAUGAUGUCAUGACGUCAUGUUAUGUCACGGGCGCCGUUGGGGAUCCAUAACAUAAGGCCCAAGUCAGCGCCCCUGGUGUAAAGGGCUGGAAAACACAUUCUCCUCUUGAUAUUGUUAAUCCUAGCUAGCAGGUAUGGUAAGAUCUGUGGUCCAGCAACAUUCCUCAAACUCGGGAAUUGAGACUACAAUUCCCAUCAUCCCUGACGACUGAUCCUGCUAGCUAGGGAUCAUGGGAGUUGUAGGCCAAAAACAUCUGGAGGGCCGAGUUUGAGGAAGCCUGAUGAGGAGUGCAGUAGGUCCCCAUGCCCUGCUGUUGAGGGAAUGGUGCUGAUGGUGGAAAUCAUAGAAUUGUAGAGUUGGAAGGGACAACAAGAGUCAUCUAGUCCAAACCCCUGCAAGCCCAGCAUGGGGCUCAAACCCACAACCCUGAGAUUAAGAGUGUCAUGCUCUACUGAGUGAGCUACCAAAUAUACGAUGUUGGAACAGGAUGGAUCUAACAAGCCGUUUCUCUUAUCUUCACGAUCUCCUAAUUGGCUGCAGUUAGGGUGAGAUUAUUGCUGUGCGGUUCAGUGUGUCCACAACGGUGUGGAGUUUGUGUGGGAUGGUUCUGAGUUGUGUCUCUGCAAGAUGAGGGUUAUCUCCAGUCCAGCUGUGAUUCCUGCAUUGCAGUGGGGGGGGGUUGGACUAGAUGACCGCUGGGUCCCUUCCAGCUCCACAAUUCUAUGAUUCCAUUCUUGGUGCCACACAGAGAGAUGCAAAUCUGGGCAUGCACCACAGUGUGUGGCUUGCUAAUGCACUGCAGGAGCAAUGAAUAUUCUUAAUGCCUUGUGGUGUGCUUUCAGUAAAGUGAGCCCUGGAUAUUCCUUACGAUGGAUAUUCCACUUUUUUUAAAUAAAAAAGCCUCUAGCUCUUUAUUUUCCUGAGAAAUACGCAGGCAGUACAUUCUGUCUGGCUGCUCAAUUCAACUCAAUCCCAGUGUUUAUUCUGCCCAGUGACACCCAACUGCAUUUUAUUGGAGUAUUUAAUAUACCCCAUAGCUUUUAAUUUUAACAGACCAAGCGGCUUGCAUUUCAGUCUCUGCUGGUUUUGAGGUGUACUAACUUUCAGCUCCUCCCCACGAUCACCACCGCUACAAAACUUAUGGCUCCAGGCCUGUUUCACAGUUUGCUAUCCGAAUUGGUAGCUUACUUGCUAGAAUUACUUGCAUUGUUUGCUCAAUAGUCAGGAGUGAGGAUCAGGCGGGAGUGUGUGUGUGUGUGUGCAAAUUGUAACUGGUGCCAGACAUUAUUAUUUAAUGACAAUUAUUAUCACCAUCACUGCUUAUCAGUUUAGCAAAAAGGCUCUCUAGACCGUGGUGUUUCCUUACGGGGUCCUUUUGCUGUAGAAAUGGAUGCUCAAGGCAGAGCUGAUUAUUAUCUAUAGACGUCCUGCUCUCCUUCUGUUUUCCCCAUUCCUCACCUAAGAGUUUUAAUCAGGAAAACCCCAAACCAACAGGAAUUUAAAAACAUAUAGAAUGUGUUUUUAGCAGGACAGGCAUCCUUGCUGUGGCAGGUCCCGUCCUGUUCCCCCCCAAACACCCCGUCAUAACGUUCCCCGGAUAUUCUUACGAGCAUCUGGAAAUUGUCAUGUUAAAAACAUUCAAGAUUUUGCAGAUUGGAUGCUUACGUUUCAAGAAUGAUUUUAUUUAUUUUGGUAAAGGGCUGAACCAGGUGCUGCUUUAACAGCGUUUUCAGCGACCACCUUUUUUUGUUUUUAAAAAUACAAUUAAUUAAUUAACAGGCACAUGGGAUUGGGGUUAAUUGGAACUGCAGUUUUCCAGUCCCUCCCCUCCCUAGUUGCAAUACUACUUGCAGUGAUCCCCACAAGCAAAUUAUUCGUUAGAAAAACAACUGUCAUUGGCACUAAUGGAAGUUGUUAUUAUAAUGCUUUUGCCAUGCUAGAGGACUUCAUUGGGAUUGUGGUUGGGGAGUGAAGGAUGAAGCCUCUCUUUCCCACAUGCUACAGUCUCUACAAAAAUCCCUUUGACACACACAUGCCUGGUCCUUUUUUAAAAGCAAAAAAACACAGGUGUGUUUGCUGAACACGCUAUGAAAAUAAUGUCUGGUUCGUUCUUCACAUUUGCUGACACACACGUGUGUGCAUGCACACGCACACCCUAAAGGCCAUACAUAGCUCAUCCUUUAAAAAAUAAUAAUGUAAAUCUAAUUCAGAAAUCAACACCCAGAAUCCAGUGGCUACUGGUAGGGUGGAAGGUUGGGAGGUGGACAGUAGGUGGCGCCAGAGCCGAUGGCACGUAGAGCCAGCUCAUUCUAGUUUUGCCCCUGUCCUUCUCCGCCCUUCUGCUGAGUUCUGCAAGCGCAACACUGGGACUUAAGGAGGAGGACAUUGGCAGGCAGGGCCACCUCCUGGAGUAUUUGUAAGUAAGAAAACAGGGCAGGUGAGGGCUAUCUGGGGGCAAACUGAAGAUGGCUGGGCAGUAGCCUAUUUCUCCAAAUAGACCAGCCUCUGCUGCCAGGAUCUGAAUAUAUGUGUGACUUUGCAAGGUGAACAUUUAAAAGCUCACUCCUUUUCCCUAAGCAUUUCCUUGUCACAGCUCCCCACAGCUAAGACCGUUUAUUUUAUUUUCACAUAAUCUGAUUCCUGGGAUAUUAAUAAUAAUUUUUUUUUAAUGGGGUUAAGUGAGUUGUUUUUGAAACAAAUAAUUGUCGAGCAUUAAGCACAGUUAAUUUCUCUUCCUGUUUUUUCCUUUUUUUUUCUUUUGCGUUUGGAAUGUAUGACUGGGUUAAAAUUAGGAGGAAGGAGAGACCGCUGGGAUAAAGGUGAAGAAAAGCCAUCAUCCAGCCGCAUACACACACACACACAAAAUAUAGAAUAAAAAAAAUAAAAUUUAUAAAUCUUCUGCUGUCUCUGUUACCGUGAGAAGACUUCGCAUAAAGUUUAAAAUAAGGAGUUUUGCUUCUGUUCAAACAGCCUCUGCGAGGGAAAAACCCUGUAGACCUCAUUACAGUUGAUUCCUUAAUAGAGCUUCAGGAUUCCCAGAGUCCCUUUCAAUACUGGAUAGUUAGUGUUCUUGAGAAUGUUGGAGGAAGAUUACGCCUUCGCUAUGUGGGAUUGGAGGAGACUGAAUCCUAUGACCAGUGGUUGUUUUACUUGGAUUACAGACUUCGACCAGUUGGUUGGUGUCAAGAGAAUAAGUACAGACUGGAUCCACCCGCAGGUAAAAAUUUUAAAAAAGCAGAAAUAAGUUUCCUAAUACUGCAAAUGUUAUAGGGCAGGUCCAUGCCUGCCUGCGGUUGAUGAAUAGUAUAAUAUGCUUUAAAUGUAUGGUACCUACAUGGCCUUAGUUUGCUGUUACAGGUAACUCACAACUUACGCACAUUUAAGUUGCAUAAGUUUUGCACAAUUGGCAAAAGGAAUUAAAAGUGGGCAUAAAAGGAUUAAGUGUCCGAGGGGGAAAGGACUUUGGCAACUUCACCCGCCAUUGAACCCAAGGUGUUUAGACCAUACAUGAUUUUGCUAUCCCCAGAAUGUAAGAGUAGGGCUGGGCGAUAUCUGGUUUUCAGCAUCAUCAGCUAAACAUCACAAUAUACCAAUAAAUCAUGACAUCUGAAAUAAGGACGGGGCUAUGUAGAGGCAUUGGCUGGGUUCAUAGUUUUUCCCCGCAUCAUGAUUUUUGCAUAGCGCACACACGCACAUGUCAUGAUUUGCAAUAUACAGUGGAUGCUCGAAUUGCGAACGUGAUCCGUGCAGGAGGUAUGUUUGCAACCCGCAGCGUCCACGCAUGCACAGGUUGCGAUUUGGCUCUUUUGCACAUGCGCAAAGCGCAAUUUAGUGCUUCUGCCGAGCGCCGAAACCCAGAAGUAACCCGUUCCAAUACUGGAUUUUGGCGCGUCCGUAACCCAAAAACGCGCAACCUGAAGUGUCUGUAACCCGAGGUAUGACUGUAUUGCCAGGUCAAAAAUUAUGAAACUGAUAUCACAAUAUGGACUUGGAACCGGUUUGGGACGAUAUAUCAAUAUAUUGCCCAGAGAGUCGCCUGUAUUGUGCUUUGACUACCAGAAAGAUGCUUGUGGGAUCUUCUGCCUCGGGCGGCAAAAUAACUUGGCAGGCCUUGGGCAUGCACUUUGACAUAGUGGGGUGAGAGGCCAUUCAUUGCUCUGUCUCAAGCCGCAAAAUGUCUUGGGCAGGUAUUGGACCCUCACAAAUCAGUUCAAGUUGCAGGUGAGCUCAGUGUUUAUCCCAGAGGUGCUGCAAACGGGUGAUAACAGUGUUAAGUGUAUUUCGGGCCGAGUGCCAAAACUUUGCCCUAUUGUCUUCAUUAACAGAUUUACUGACCUUGAUUCUAGGAGCAGCGGGAAGAGAGCUUUAGCUUCACUUAUCUCUCCCAUCAUGUUGUAUUCUGGGGCGUGCAGUUUUGUGGGGGUGCAGUGAGGCAAGAGAUUGCCCCAGAAGGAAAGGCUUUAUUUUAAUCUCACUUUCCUCCUGUGAAUGGAUUUACAGGCGUUUAAAGGAAAACCCGCUGUGAAUUGCUUAAAAGCACUGAGUGAGGCAGCCAAUGUAACUUUCCCGCCCCCUCGAUUUACGGUUUUUGUACUUUGCAAAGCACAGUCAUCAGUUGAGUCCUCGGGGCAGCUUAAAAGCAGGUUGCUGUGUGGGUCUGUUGGGACAAAUCUGGUAAAAUCUACCAGGUGUGCAAAUGAGGCCUAUAUGAGCAAUAUAUUAUAUGAGUGUGUGUGUGUGUGUGUGUGUGUGAGAGAGAGAGAGAGAGAGAGAGAGAGAGAGGGAGGGAACGAACCUGGGCAGGUGGCCCACCUAGGAGAAAGCAAACUCUGAUCCUAAACUCCCUCUCCUUUGUGGGAUAUCUUUGGGAGAGGAAAAGGCUAAGGCGUAAACGCUACACAAAUCUGCAGUGGAUUCCCUAAGGAUGGCACCUUGUACGCCUCCUUUUGCCAACUCCUGCAGCCAAGCUGGUGCCAAACUUAUCUCAGCUUUUUUUUGGCCCACACCAGCGAGGCCGAGACAAUGAUAUUGUUGUCUGGGCAGUCCAGGACCUCCAUACACACUGCCCAGGCAUGCGCCCCAGGGAAACCACUUCGGUGCUGCUAAUGCGGCGGUUUGACUUCACCCCUGGAGGCUCACUCCAUUGCGUCUUGGGACAGAUGGAUGCCAACCAUGUAUUUGCAGACCCAGAACUUGAAUGAAGCAUUGCAGAAUGUUAAUAUACACUGCUUCAACGUCCAUGUGAUUUCUGAUGUGGUUUGUUUUAGAAAUCUGUUCUCUGAAGACUGUGUCUGAAUGGCAUUCUGCUCUGGAUAAAGCCCUGAUUGAGGCAGCACAGUUUCCCCUCCCUAUGGAAGUGUUUAAGGUAGGAUCUGUUAUUCCCUUUUCAGCCGAAACAACAGCCGGUUUGAAUUUCGGUGGCAUCGCUGUAUUGGGCCCCUGAUUCUCGUAUCAGACUCAUCCAUCUUUGUUCGGAGAAAGGAAUGGAGGAAUGGGCUUCAUGGAGACUGCCAGCUCCUUGCUUGAUACUACUUUCUCCAUAGUUCUAUUACUGCUGCCGCCAUUUUGAACCCUGGGCCUGUCCCUCCAUGGGUUGCCUGUUGAAGCCAUCUUUGCAAAUUCCAGCCUACAGCCACCCCCAACUUGGUGCCCUCCAGAUCUGUGGACUCCACCGACCAUCAGCACCAGACGACUGGUCAGGGUUGUUGGGAGUUGUAGUUCAAUGUGCCUGGAUGACGCCAAGUUGGGAGAGGCUAGAAUGGGCACUUAUAACCUUGCCGUUUCCAUGCCUAGUGUUGUUGUUUCACUGAGAGAAAGCUUGCCUAACCUCCUAACACCAUGUCAGACCUUGGAUCCAUCUAGCUUUGUACUGUGCAGUGGCGUAGCGCAGAGGGCCCCAGGCACAAAAUUUGAGAGGAGGGCACAACCCACUCAGGCACCAGCAUUGGCCGACCUGGCUCCCCCCGUGUGAGCAGGCAGGUGGCACAGCACAACCCUGCUUGGCUCUGGUGGCGGGGCACUCCAUCCGCAUUGGUGGCUUGCCUGCCCCGGGUGCCAGCAACCCCUGCUAUGCCACUGGUACUGUAUGCAUUGAACUGCUGCAUCUGCCCCAAGGUUUUGUGUUUUCAGUUUGCGUAUUGUUUUGGAAAAUGUGAAUUAGUGUCCUGGACUGACUGGAGGCAGAGGGAUGGUGGGAGGGACCUUUGGGGGGAAAAAACAAAAAACCCUGCAAUGGGAAGAGAGAUUUAUUUAUUUUUGCUGCUGGCUCCAGCCCUGACGAUUAGGUGGAUUCGCUUUAACAUCUGAUCCAGGCCGUGCUCCCUUCCUCCUUCCAUCCCUAGAUCUCAGCCAGCAUUUCUUGCGUGGCGAGUUCUCGUCCCCCCCCCCCCAGUGGAAAUAAAGACACAUGACACAAUUAUUUAAGGUUAAUGGGCUAAAUAGGGCCACAACUUUAUUGGUUACAGGUGAUGAGCAGUAUUGGCUUAGGCAUUGGUCCUAACCGACUAUCCAGCUUCAGGAACAGCUGGUAUGCGGGAAAAGAGGGAGAUCCCCAGCCGCGCCUGUGUUUAAAUCGGGCGGACCAUGCCCCCAAAGCCAGCCGAUUGGCUGGCCAGGGGGUGACACGGCCAGGGAUUCUCCCAAUCGCACAGGGAGAUCGUGACGCCCGCAAUCCCACCUCCUGCAGGGUAGAAGUGGCUUUUCCAGCAAUUUAAAACCCACUAUUUUAAAAACAGUUAAAUAGCAGUCGCAGGAACAGGGUGGCUUCUCAAAAUGCACAUCUCAGGUGUCAAAAGACCUGGGCCAGCAUUUGCCAAAAGCUUUGUAGCAAAGGGGCCAGAUGCAACUCUCUGGAGAGAAGGCAGUAGCUUCCCAAAAAUCCUGUUUCCUGCAUCUUGCCUUCCCUUCUUGCUUUUGUUUGGAUUUCUUGCCAGCUAUGCCCUGUCAAAGCAAUAAAUUCUCACCUUGAGCCGCCUGGCUUGUGAGUUCAGUUUCCCCUGCGGUGAGGAUAUAUAUCGGUAUGGAAAAUUCUGCAGGUUUAAUAAAAGGAGAAGGUGAUGAAUUGCAAACAAGUGCACUCUAUCCUACAAGCACCUUUACAAUAAGCUCUGAGUGGGGGUGCGGGUGUGUUAUUGCUCCUGCUUUCAACAAACACUUGGUUCCUGUGAAGAAUGGGGAGUGGAAUUACUAGCAUCAAGAAUACUGUCGUUGCUGCAACGCAGGUCAGUGAUGGAAGAGGUCCUCUUCCUUUUGAUGAAAACCAGGCUGUUGGAAAGCAAUAGUUUUCCAGUGGUGGGAAACCACACCAAAUUGGCGCAUAAUUGGUGGGGAGAGGGGUCAGUGCUGUGUUCGGAAGCGCAAAAUGUGUGGCUUCUGGAAUCGAAUCCUUUCAAUUGCAGAGUCCUGCAGACUCACUUAAAUGUGACCCCCUGAAAGGUUGGGUACACCACCAGCCCGCCGCUGCCUUAAGCAUUUGAAAGCGAGGAUUCUUGAUUUAUUUCAUUUUGUCUAAACACCAUUUUAGCCCACCCUUCAUCGCAAAGUGAUCCCAAGCUGGAGAACAAUUUUUAAAAAUCACAUGUGAUACAAUCAGUAAUAUAAAACGAGCAGGUAAUAAUAAUAAUAAUAAUAAUAAUAAUAAUAAAUAAUUUAUUAUUUAUACCCCACCCAUCUGGCUGAGUUUCCCCAGCCACUCUGGGCGGCUUUGGGAUAGCAUUAUCAUCAUUAUUAUUAUUAUUAUUAUUAUUAUUAUACCCUGCCGAUCUGGCUGGGUUUCCCCAGCCACUCUGGGCAGCUUUCAGCAGAAUAUAGAAACAAUAUAAAUAUAAAUGGUUAGCUAAUAGCCCAGCAUACGCCAUAGUGAAUUGUCUAAUUUGCAAUCAAUUAAAUUACGGUGGCACCUCGGGUUAAUAACUUAAUUAGUUACGGAGGUCCGUUCUUAACCGGAAACUGUUCUUAACCUGAAGCACCACUUUAGCUAAUGGGGCCUCCUGCUGAUGCCGCGCCGCCGCUGCGCAAUUUCUGUUCUCAUCCUGAAGCAAAGUUCUUAACCCGAGGUAUUAUUUCUGGGUUAGUGGAGUCUGUAACCUGAAGCGUAUGUAACUCCACUAACCCAAGGUAUUAUUUCUGGGUUAGUGGAGUCUGUAACCUGAAGUGUAUGUAACCUGAAGUGUAUGUAACCCAAGGUACUACUGUACCCAAGUCUGGUCUAUAUAUUACAUGAGUAUUUCAAAGAACGCUUUGUUUAUACAGAUGAACCUAGGAGCUUUGAGAUGCAAAGAUGCCACAGAGUGGCUGGGGAAACAUAGAAUGAAUCAUAGAAUCACACAAUGGUGGGGUUGAGAGGGACCCUGAGGGUCAUCUAGUCCAACCCCCUGCAAGACCGCAUACAUCCCCUCCUUCCUAUUUUAUCCUCAAAACAACCCUGUGAGGUAGGCUGAGCUGAGAGGCAGUGACUGGCCCGAGGUCUCCCAGUGAGCUUUGGGUGGCUGAGUGGAGAUUUGAACGCUGGUCUCCCAGGUCUUAUAGUCCAGCCCAUGGGUCAACAACCUUUUUCAGCUGGGGGCCAGUCCACCGUCCCUCAGACUUUGUGGGGGGCCGGACUAUAUUUUGAGGGGGGAAAUGAACGGAUUCCUAUGCCCCACAAAUAAUGCAGAGAUUUAUUUUAAAUAAAAGCACACAUUCUAGUCAUGUAAAAACACCAGGCAGGCCCCACAAAUAACCCAGAGAUGCAUUUUAAAUAAAAGGACACAUUCUACUCAUGUAAAAACACGCUGAUUCCCAGACCAUCUGGGGGCCAGAUUUAGAAGACGAUUGGGCCGCAUCCGGCCCCCGGGCCUUAGUUUGCCUACCCCUGCUCCAGCCCUUUAACCGCUAGACUAUACUGGCUCUCAAGUCUCUUAAGUACAAAUUGGUAAGAGGGGUUAAGUAUCACACAACCACAUAUACCUGCUAUGUCGUCUUGAACGUAAAGGACUUGUGUUUGAUGCACCGUGCGGGAUCCAUGAGGACCCUACUUUCUUUUUGUCUCAAGAGUAAAGAGAAAUAAAGAGAAGUCUUAUUAUCUGGCAUUGAUGUGCGCCAAGGAAUUCAGAGAGCAAUCCAUCAUGGCUGCGCGUCAAUUUGAGCCUAAUAGCAAUUAAAAGCUUUGUGUUCGCUCCAGUGAAAUGUAUCCUUCAGAAAUUAUGUAGAUUAAUUGGGGUCUUGAAAGGAAGCAUAUGUUUGCCGUCUCAUUCAUUCCUCUGAAUCUGAGACAGGCUGGUAAAAGGUUCGCUGGGAGGGAGCCUUUUGAAGCCACCUUCUCACGCUUCCUGUUAAACUGGGGCCCAUCACCCUGGGAAGGUAGGCCAUCUAAGAGAAGGAAAACCCUGAUCCUAAGCCUCUGCCGCCUGGCGGGAUAUCUUUGGGAGGACAAAAUGUUCAGGAAUAAACCCAACACAAAUCUGGAGUGGAGUAUCUGACGCCUUGUAUGCCUCCUUCCGGUACGUGGAUGGCGCUGUGGGUUAAACCACAGGGCCCAGGACUUGUCCAUCAGAAGGUCGGCGGUUCGAAUCCCCGCGACGGGGUGAGCUCCCGUUGCUUGGUCCCUGCUCCUGCCCACCUAGCAGUUCGAAAGGACAUCAAAGUGCAAGUAGAUAAAUAGGUACCGCUCCGGCGGGAAGGUAAACGGCGUUUCCGUGCGCUGCUCUGGUUCGCCAGAAGCGGCUUAGUCCUGCUGGCCACAUGACCCGGAAGCUGUACUCCGGCUCCCUCAGCCAGUAAAGCAAGAUGAGCGUUGCAACGCCAGAGUCGGUCACGACUGGACCUAAUGGUCAGGGGUCUCUUUACCUUUACUUUAUGCCUCCUUCCAGCAAUUCCUGCAGCCAAACUGGUGCAAAACAUCUUGCUCUUCUUUCCUUUGGACCACACCAACGAGGCCGGGGGGGGGGGGGUCUUGUCAUCUGGACCUCAGUACACACUGCCCAGGCUUUCUCCUUGGGGAAGUCACUUCUAGGGUUGCCAUAUAGUCUCUUUUCCCUGGACACAUCCUCUUUUUUCAGGAAUAAAAUUUCUGUUUGGGUAGAUUUUUAACAUUUGGCAAAAUGACUGGGGGUUGUUGUUUUUUUGCUUUCAGUAACCCAAUUUUUCUACUGCAUUAGACUCGGACCUAAGAUACCCGGCUAAGCUAGUCUGCAGCAGAGAAGCGUCUUAAACUAGCUAUACAUACUGUAUAAAUCCCUUCUCUUGUGACUGAACUAAAAGGAUGUUAGCUCAGCUACAAGAUCUUGGAGAAGGAGUCUGGGAGAGCAAGAGUUAACAUCCCCCUGCCCUUAAGGAGAGUCCAUAUGUACAUGUUAAACAGAUUAAUAAAUUGUUCUGUGCACACACACAAAUACUUUCAUGUGGCAAGUGAGGGCACAACAUGUAUAUAUUAUUUAGUUGUUGAAAGUUGAGAACAUUGCGGCUAGGAAUAUUAUCACAAGCUUCUAUAGCCUACAUAUAGUAGGGGCAUUUGAAAUGAGAGUCGUCAAAGGGAUCUCUAUUUAAAAGUAGGAGUUGGCAAAUGUGGCCUCUUUUUAGCUCUUCAAAAUAUGGCAACUCUAGUAAUGCAGCGGUUUGGCUUCACCCCUGGUGGCAAACUCCAUUGUCUCUCGAGACUGACGGAUGCCAAGAAAAGGGGAUGUGACUAAGGCAGGAUGGAGAACAGAAGAUACCAGGCCCAUGUAGCCAUGCUGGGCCCACAACCGACCCCAGGGAUUCAGAUAAAUGGUGCUUGCUCCCUACUUAGAUUCCACUGAGCCUCUUGGGCUUGCCGAUCAGAAGGUUGGCGGUUCGAAUCCCUGUGACGGAGUGAGCUCCCGUUGCUCUGUCCCUGCUCCUGCCAACCUAGCAGUUCAAAAGCACGCCAGUGCAAGUAGAUAAAUAGGUACCACUUUGGCGGGAAGGUCAACAGCGUUUCCGUGUGCACUGGUUUCCGUCACGACGUUCCGUUGCGCCAGAAGCUGGCCACAUGAUCUGGAAAGCUGUCUGUUGACAAAUGCCGGCUCCCUCGGCCUGAAAGCGAGAUGAGCACCACAACCCCAUAGUCGCCUUUGACUGGACUUGACUGUCCAGGGGUCCUUUACCUUUUUUACCUAAUCACCUUCUGAGCUUCGGGGACAAAGCCUUGCAUUUAUUUGUUUUUGUUUCAUAGGACCAUGACGACUUGAGGAACCACCUGUUCACAGUGGGCAUGAAAUUGGAGGCGGUGGAUAUGAAAGAGCCAUGUAGGAUUUGUCCCGCUACAAUAUCUAAGGUGAGAAAUUUAAAAUGGAGGAAGGCAGUGGGUUGGACUAGAUGACCCUUGGGUCCCUUCCAACUCUAAAAUUCUGUGAUUCUAACACAGAUGGAAAAUAAUAAUAAUAAUAAUAAUAAUAAUAAUAAUAAAGAUUUCUUCCCUUCCCUUCCCUGUGAGGUCCUAGGGUGGGUUAUUAGUGGUAAGCUCAAUGGUGGGGACACUUUUACCAAACUUUCCUUCAGCCAAAAAGAGCACUCCCACUUUAUUUAUUUAUUAUUUUGCAUUUCUACCCCACCUUUUCCUCCAAGGCGCUCCAGGUGUCUUACGUGGUUCUCCCUCUCCCCAUUUUAUCCUCACAACAAGCCUGUGAGGUACGUUUCGGACCUGAAGUGUGAAAAUUGCAGACCCACUUUUGCUGAUGAGUAUCCUAAACCUAGUAUUUUUCUGUGCAAAACGAAAGGAAAACACAAGGCUGGUUGGUCCCUGAACAGAGUUUACAUUCGUUCUGUGUGUGUCGAUGGCAGGGAUUUUUCCUUAAUGCAGAAUUGUUUGGUUCCCUCCAGGUUUUUAACAACCAUUUUGUUCAAGUAACCAUCGAUGACCUCCAUCCCGAAGGGAGCGCAGCCUCCAUGAUUUGCCACGCCGAUUCCUUGGGGAUCAUGCCAGUACAGUGGUGCCUUAAAAACGGAGUCCACCUUACACCGCCCAAAGGUCUGUAUAUAUUUAUAUAGCUCUCUCUGGGCAAAAAGUCUUUCCUGUGUUUUCAGAGUGCUACGGUGCCCUGGCUAGCCCACAGCUUGUUUCGGAUUUGAUAGUGGGUUUCAGGGUUGCGUAACCCAGAACGUGAGACGUGGAAGAAGGCUAUAAGUGCUGCCUGCUAAAUCUGGAGAGAGGGACUCAGCCAUGAAACUCCCAGAUAUUCACCGUAUUUUUUUCGUGUAUAAGACGAUGCAUUUUGCGAAGAAAAAAUCAGGCAAAAAUUGGGUGGUACCUCAGGUUAAGUACUUAAUUUGUUCCGGAGGUCCUUUCUUAACCUGAAACUGUUCUUAACCUGAAGCACCACUUUAGCUAAUGGGGCCUCCUGCUGCCACCGCGCCACCGGAGCCCGAUUUCUGUUCUUAUCCUGAAGCAAAGUUCUUAACCUGGAGCACUAUUUCUGGGUUAGUGGAGUGUGUAACCUGAAGAGUCUGUAACCUGAAGCGUAUGUAACCUGAGGUACCACUGUACACGGAUAGUGAAUGCAGAAGGGGGACGUGUGAUUCAUGGCAGCAGCAAGCAAGAGAUUGGCAGUGGCGACUGGGCGGGCGAUUGGUGGCUGUGGCAAGGCCUGCUGGCGAUUGGCUGUGGCUGCGGCAAUUGGGCAGGCGAUUGGCAGCUGCAGCAAGUGGGCAGGUGGGUUGGUGGCGGCAGUGAGCAGAUAAUUGGCAGCUGCUGCGAGGAGUGUGAUCAGCAGUGGCUGUGGCAAGCGAUCACCGGCGGGCAUAGGAAUGCAUUGGAAAUCCACCACGCGCCUUAUGGUCAAAAAGUCCAAACAAGCCAAAUUUGCACAACAAGAGUUUAGUUAUGCCUUUGAAGUCACACAUACUGUAAAGAGCAUUUAAAAAUUGAAGGAACACAAAUUGCUUCUAAACAUGACAGAAAACAUUUAAAAUCAAUAAAGUGUACAGGCAUUUUCAAGACUCUGGGUGACAACUCAAGAAGGUUCCUUCCACUUUGCUUACAAGAACCCUCUAAACUGUUCCCCAGCCACCACCACAGAAAUUCAACCAGAAUUUUUUUUAAAAAACAGCAGAGGGUCAAUGGUCACAGAAACAAAUGGUGAAAACCACACAAGCCCAGACUUGCAAACCCUCCUCAACUGUUCCCGCCACCCACCACACAGAAAUUCAACCAGAAAUUUUAAAAACAGCAGAGUGCCUAAUGGUCACACAAAAAUCAUAAAAAUGCAGAAAAAACACACAUUUCCUAGACUGCAAACCCUCCCCCAACACCAAGUCCUUGAAUCAAACACCCUAACCCAAAAUCCAAGGACCCCAAAAAGUUUUAAAAGUUUAAAGAAGUUUUGGUGCUUCUCCAAAUCAUCAGUCUUCAAAAAACCUCAAAAAGGCUACUGUUGUUUCAUGAUUGCUCCUCAAGUCAAGUCGCAACUGUAUUAACGGUGUUAAGAAAAAAGGAAACAAACUGCAAGACGCUGCUUGCCUUGCGGGAUAAGCCCAUAGGGAAAUUCGUCUUGCGAAGCAGCUCAAAAAACAGAAAACCCUUUCGUCUAGCGAGUUUUUCGUCUUGUGAGGCAUUUGUCUUGCAGGGCACCACUGUAAUUUCUUAAUUUUGGGCGUCUUAUACAUGGGGGCGUCUUAUACACGGAAAAAUACUGUAUGUUUGAGAACUGGCAUGGUGUACUGCAGAGUCGCCAGCCUUCCUUGGGGACGCCUUUUUGCAAUCCCAAAUUGGAGAAGCUGUUGUGGGCGCCACAGGAACACCGCAACCAAGCACACACCGCAAUCUGUUUUAAUAGCAACUGCAGAAUUGCCUCUUUCAGCAAGGGAAAGGCAUUCAGGAGUACCAGGAAAGACCCGCAAUGGUGACUCCUUGCAUAGUGAUUCAAGUUUUGGCUUAAUGCUAGAGAAACCUGGCAUCAUCUCUAAGCCUAACUCAGUGUUUCUCUACGUCUAGCCCACCCUACCUCACAGCGUUGUUGUGAGGAUAAUAUAUGGGGGGCAGAAGCAUUUAUUUACCCCCCCAUAAGCUUUAUUACCAUUAUUAACAACCCAAAAUAAGGGACGCAGGUGGCGCUGUGGGUUAAACCACAGAGCCUAGGACUUGCUGAUCAGAAGGUCGGCGGUUCGAAUCCCCGCGACGGGGUGAGCUCCCGUUGCUCAGUCCCAGCUCCUGCCAACCUAGCAGUUCGAAAGCACAUCAAAGUGCAAAUAGAUAAAUAGGUACCGCUCCGGCGGGAAGGUAAACGGCGUUUCCAUGCGCUGCUCUGGUUUGCCAGAAAUGGCUUAGUUGUGCUGGCCACAUGACCCGGAAGCUGUACGCCGGCUCCCUCAGCCAAUAAAGCGAGAUGAGCGCCGCAACCCCAGAGUCGGUCACGACUGGGCCUAACGGUCAGGGGUCCCUUUACCUUUUUAACAACCCAAAAGUGCAAUGGCAGUGUAUCGCAUCGCACCACAAGCGAGUCAUAAAUAACAAGAGAGAUAGUUUCAUUGCAGUUGAACUUCCAGUUCUAAGGUUCUAUGAAAUGGUGACACAACAAUAUUUUUCAAGACAUCCUUAUUUUUCCGAGCUGACACCUAAACACAAUUAAUAAAUAAAUUCUGCUUUAUUAUACCAAUACAGCCUACUUUGGGGGCUGGUUUUCUGGGGACGGGUAGAGGUUAGACUGCAUGUUUUUCCUAAAUUGAAUUUACCCCUUUUGCCUGGAGGCAGAUUUAAUAUACAUUCCUUCCCUGCUGUUAAACAACUGGAAGAAGAAUUGUGCGGCUUCCCUGGGGCCAAAAAUAGACCCAUGUGCUCUUUCUGUUUGGUGCCAGCCAGCAAAUGCAUCUCCAUUAACUGCCAACAAAUGUAAGCACUGAGUUGGCACUGCUUAUAUUUACUAAGCUGGAUUUAUAGACCUCUUUUCUUUCUUUCUUAAACAUUAAGAGCCAUUGCGCCCUUUUAUGAGCUGUUUAAGGGGAGGGAGCAUUUGCUCAAGGAUUACAGCACGUUGCAGAGAACGCUCAGCUAUGCGCUCGAAUGUAAUCAUGCGCCGCUCCUUGACUGCAUGCUAUUGCCAGCAUCUGAAAUCUUAACACUGGCCACUGCAGUUAAUAAAACAUUUAGCUGGUUAUAAAAGGGCAGCUAGCCGCCAGCAUCUAACACCUGCUGCCCGAGGUUGAUGGGAGUUGUAAUAAUAAUAAUAAUAAUUUAUUUAUACGCCGUCCAUCUGGCUGGGUCCCCCCAGCCACUCUGGGCGGCUUCCAACAAAACACUAAUAUACAAUAACCUAUUAAACAUUAAAAGCUUCCCUAAACAGGGCUGCCUUUAGAUGUCUUCUAACAGUUUGGUAGUUGUUCUUCUCUUUGACAUCUGGUGGGAGGGCGUUCCACAAGGCAGGUGCCACCACCAAGAAGGCCCUCUGCCUGGUUCCCUGUAACCUCACUUCUCACAGUGAGGGAACUGCCAGAAGGCCCUCGGCGCUGGACCUCAGUGUCCGGGCAGAACGAUGGAGGUGGAGACGCUCCUUCAGGUAUACUUCAGGUAGUACAAUGCACCUGAACUGCACCCGGUUGGAGAAGGGCUGACUUCAGGCAUGACCACAGUCCAGAAUUGCAAUAAGUGUGCGGGUAGAAGAACAGAGCAAUGGAGACAGCUGGAGAUUUGAGGCUGCAGCAGAUCCAGCUGCCAAAGAGGCAGCCAACGUUCUUCAAAGGGACCUUGGCAGUGGGAACUUUUUGUUACCCAGAAUCAUAGAACUGCAGAACGCAAAGGAACUCCUGGGUCAUCUAGUCCAACCCCCUGCUGCAAUGCAGGAAUCUCAGCUAAAAGCAUCCAUGACAGAUGGCCAUCCACCUCUGCUUAAAAACCUCCAAGGAAAGAGAGUCACCACCUUCCAAGCUGCCGAACAGCUUUUACCGUCCAGAAUUUCUUCCUAAUGUUUAGUUGGAAUCUCCUUUGAACCUGUUGGUUUGGAUCCUGCCUUCUGGGCAGCUUCCAAGAAAUUAUUAAAUCACAGAAAAACAUCUAAUAUUAAAAACUUCCCUAUACAGGACUGCUUUCAGAUGUCUUCUAAAAGUCAUAUAGUUACAGUAUUUAUAUGUUUGACAUCCAAUGGGAGGGCGUGCCAGGGUAUGGGUGCCACUACCAAGAAGGCCCUGUAACUUCACUUCUCGCAGUGAGGGAACCACCAGAAGGCCCUCGGAGCUGGACCUCAGUGUCCAGGCUGAACGAUGGGGGUGGAGAUGCUCCUUCUUAUGUCCUUAUAUUCAGUGCUAGAAAAAAAAAAGAGGUGCCAGAACUCACCAUGAACUCACCUCUGUUUUCUUAUAACGGCAAAGGCGCCCACCUGAGAGGUGCCUGAACUGAGUUCUGGCGAGUUGAGGCUGAAAAAUAAAGCCCUGCUUAUAUUCUUGUGCGUUGUCUUGCAGGUUAUUCUAGCCAGGACUUCGACUGGGCAGAUUACCAGAAGCAAUGUGGAACUGAAGCAGCUCCCCAGUUCUGCUUCAGAAAUGUAAGAUUCUUUUCUAAAAAGGCUUAUUGAUUUAAUUGAGACAGAUUUUUAUUUAUUUAUUUAUUUAUUUAUUUGGCUGGCUGCAGACGUAACAAAGGGGGAGGGGGAACUUCAUCUUCUGACACUAAUGCAAAUAUCCCAUCGAUAUGUAAAUUGAUAUAGGCAACCCAUGUGUCCAAAUCUAGUGAGAGCCACUGUGGUGUAGUGGUUAGAGUGUUGGUCUAGGAGCUGGGAGACCAGGAUUCGAAUCGCUGCUCAUCCAUGAAACCUGCCAGGCCCCAGUCCCAGUCUCUCAGCCUAACCUACCUCACAGGGUUGUUGUGGGACGAUAAAAUGGGAAGAGAACCAUCAAUGCCUCGUUGAGCUCCUUGGAGGAAAGAUGAAGCAUAAAUAUGAUUAAAGACCCAAACGAUAUUGAUGAUCACAAGCUGUGCAUUCAGACUUAGAAAGGGCAGCAAGAUCUUCAGACUGCUUUUCUUUUAUAUCUACUAAUCCCACACCGGCCUCCUCGUUUGCUGGUUCUUAGCUUCCGCCUUUCAGCACCACGAACUACGCAGCAGGGACUGCUUAAACAAUGGGGGUGGGGUGGGGGAAGGAAAUGCAUUAUUUAUCUUUUUAAAAAUAACAACAACCCAACAACAACAUAGCAUCCCUGGCUCGGCAUUUGAGCCUCUGGCCUGGUGGGAAAAUACAUGCAGUGGACAAAAUAGGGAGGCCGGAAGCAGCCCAGAGGCUGGGGUCCACCAACAUGAUGCUCCCUAGAUUCUGCCGGACUCCAGUUCCCAUAAGCCCUAGCUAGAAUGGCCCCUGACCAAAAGGAUGAUGGGAGAUGUAGUCCCAAGCAACAUCUGCAGGCCACCACAUUGGUUACCCCUGCUAGGGAGCAUUGGGAAGUUUUGUUUCACUGAGCGCAGGAAACUCCAUUGGACUCCGUUGCCCUGAUGUCGUCUACUCUGAAGGACAGCUCCAGGCAGAGACGAACCAUUGCUGAUCCUCCUUCCCAGCAUCCUUUUCAACUGGAAACUUGGCAGAUGGAACCCUGACCUGGGUGGAGUUGCAUAGAGUUCCCCUUCGAGGAGGAGUUGGAGGAAAAAUAGGAGCAGAGUAGGAAGCUUCCUUAUACCUGGUCCAUCCAGGUCAGUGCUGUCUACAUGGACUGGCAGCCGCUCUCCUGGGCUUCGGCUAGGGGGCAUUCCCAGUCCCACUUGCAGGUGUCAGGGAUUGAAACAGGGAGCUUCUACAUCUGGGAUCCCCAAACUCGGCCCUCCAGCUGUUUCGGGACUACAACUCCCAUCAUCCCUAACUAACAGGACCAGUGGUUAGGGAUGAUGGGAAUUGUAGUCCCAAAACAGCUGGAGGGCUGAGUUUGGGGGUGCCUGUUCUACAUGAUUGGCUGGCGCUUCACCAAUGAGCUUCAGGUUCUGCCUUCUCUUGGUCAGCUGUUAGGAUUCUAUAAUCAUUUCCCUCUCUCUUAUUUGAGGGUUAAAAAAAGCUCUUUUUCUCACUCCUUGCUUCCCUUGCCACCCGUAGCUUGAGUUUUCCUGUCCUGUAAAGCUGGGCUGCAUUAUCUCUGCCCGUUCUUGAGAAGCUCCUUCCUUUCUGUUUCUUACAGUAAGAUUGUGGGAGAGAAAUUUGAGUCCGUUCAUCUUUCAGUGAGCACCCACCUAAUUUGUACUUCCCAGACCACAUUUUCGCUUCUUAUAAUUUUUUGAUGCUGUUCGCCAACCAAAGAAUGGUCACAGAAAUGUGUAUUAGGGCAAACUAACAUGGAAAAACGCAUUAUAUUAGGGGAAAUGGCUUGCAGGAAGUGUUUGCGUCAAGAGAAACCUGUAGCUUUGUCAAAUAUAAAAUCACAGUGUAGCUUUGCUGUCUAAUCCAUCAUAGAAAUGUUGCAAGGCGAUAAGGUAACUGACUUGAGUGUUUUAAAACAAUUGGCCAUUAUUUGACACAAUAUGAAAGGUCAAAAUGCACGUGAAUUUUUGUGCCGGUGUGUUUGUUUGUUUUGUAAAACUUUUUCAAACCGGUGAAGAAACGGGGCAAAAUGAACUUGAGACUUGGAACAAAUGAGAAACUUAGUGGAACCAAAGUGGUCAGAUUAUUCCAUCCACAUCAAUGCAUGUCCUUUUUAAAAGAAUAUUCAGCUGCUCACUUAGUCACCGUCAGUUUAUUUAUAUAUACCACACUUUCCACGAAUACAUUUCUGCUCAAAAUGAUUCAUGGAAAAUUAACAGCCUAAAUAAAAACCCAUAGUGCUAUAACAUAAUGCUUAACAGCUCCUCAGUGAACACUUUGUUCUAUUAUAUCAGAACUGUUAUUGAGCGUAGAGCUACGAUAUCUAAUACCUUUGCAGUCCAAGGAAGCCUCAGAGCUGUUGGCAGUGGGGUCUAGUAACACCCCCCCCAAAAAAACCUUUCAAAACUUUAAUGGUGCUGAGAAUUGCUAAGAGACCCCUGUUACCCUCACAGAACUUCAGUUCCCAGAGUUCCCUGGGAAGAGGGAUUGAUUGGUUGAUAAACCAAUGAUGUUCACCUAUCUCAUUUCACCCACGAGGAAUUGGCCCUCUGGGAGGGAAAUAGGGGUCUCCCAGCAACACUCAGCACCUUAAAUGGGGGGGGGGGGGACGACUACACUUCCCAGGAUUCUUUGCGGGGAAACACAGCCAGAUGGGCGGGGUAUAAAUAAAUUAUUAUUGUUAUUAUUAUUAUUAGCUAUUUAAAGUGGUGCAAUAGUGUUUUAAAUGUCUGGUGCUCAAAAGGUCAGGAAUUGCCCUUAAAGUUCUUCUGGUAACAGCCAUUGCAUGAAGGCAACUAUGGCAGGCGUGUGGGUAUAAUUUAUAUAUAUUUUAUUUAUUUGGACACAGUUUUGGAUUUGGGCCGAACGUGGCUCUCUCCAGUUUUCCCUUUAGCAAGCCGCAUGAGAUCCUCUUCAAAUCAGUCCCCAUUAAUCUCUGCACUCUUUUAAGCGGCCUUGCAUGGUGGUGAUUUAUGAAUGUCUUAUUAACGAAGUUCAGGUUGCAGACCCUCAACAUUUAAUGGCUUUGCUUAGCCUGCAUGCAGUAGGAACUGGUGCACUUUCAAUGGUUCAGGAUCAAUAUUUUUUAGCCAUUCUCUCUUCCCUGCCCUCCAUCAGAGGUAAAUCUCAAUAUCUAUCAAGUGAGCGCCACAAAACAACUUGAGGGUUGUACUAUAUUCUGUCAUUUGUUCAGUUGAGGAAAUAUUACAUUGGUGACAAAGGCCAUGCGAUUGUAUGGCAAGGGCCCAGCUUCUCAGAUCAAACUUAAAUUUCGUGCUUGGAAGCGUUGACACAUCUCAAUCAUUCGGUUAGUUAUUUGUAAUUGCAGUUCUCGCAGUUCUCACCGAAAACACGGGACACCUGUUGAACCAGAAGUGUUAGGGGAAUGGACAUAUAGUGGUACCUCGGGUUAAGAGCUUAAUUCGUUCUGGAGGUCUGUUCUUAACCUGAAACUGUUCUUAACCUGAAGCACCACUUUAGCUAAUGGGGCCUCCUGCUGCCACUGCGCCACAGGAGCACGAUUUCUGUUCUCAUCCUGAAGCAAAGUUCUUAACCCAAGGUAAUAUUUCUGGGUUAGCGGAGUCUGUAACCUGAAGCGUAUGUAACCCGAGGUACCACUGUAUUCAAGAUGAGCAUCCAGCCCUCUUUUAAGCCGCCGUCAAUGUCCUGAAAACUAGACAAAGCGCUGCUAUCUGCGCAAGGGCCAAAGGGUAGAAAACUAAGGCUAUGUGGCUGCCUCUUUCAGGUAUCCUUCAGCCGAGGCUUUACGAAAAACAUGAAACUGGAGGCCGUGAACCCCAAGAACCAGGCUGAAAUCUGUGUGGCUUCCGUCAUCUCAGUAAAAGGGAGGUUAAUGUGGCUCCGCUUGGAAGGUAAGUGAGACUAUCUAUUACCGUAUUUUUUGCUCCAUAAGACGCACUUUUUUCUUCCUAAAAAGUAAGGGGCAAUGUCUGUGCGUCUUGUGGAGCGAAUGUGUGGUCCCUGGAGCCAAAUUGCCCAGGGGCAAAAAGCAGAUCAUGCUUUUUUUUUUGAAAGAGGGAAGUGGGUGUUGAAACAAAGCUGCUGAUUGUUUGCCAAUCGGGGAGAGAGAUAAGGGACGCUAGAGAUAAAGGAGGCUGCCUGGGAGUGGGGAGGUAAAGACAGCAAACUUACAAAGGGGGGAAACAGGAAGACUAAAGCAAUAAGGAGAGAAAUUAGAAGAGAAGGAGGAGCAAAAAACUGCUGCAGCUCAGGAAAAGACACUAAGGCAAACAAGAGGGAAGGGAGUGUUGAAAGGAAACAGCUGAUCAGUGGGAUCGGAAGAGAGAUAACAGAUGCUAGUGGAGGCUGCCUGGGAGGGGGGAAGUAAAAGCCCAUGGAUCCUUAGGAUUUUUACAUUGGGUCACCCCAAAUUCACCAUCAGAUCACAUAGCAUGUCCAUGGCUACAGCCUGCACCAAGAAAAUCACACACCCACUGUUUCUUGGGGCUGCAAUGAUGCAAAAAUGUGGUUACAAAGCACGGAUCCCCAUGGAUUCUCAGGAUUUUUGCAUUGGGUCACCCCAAAUUCACCAUCAGAUCCUCCUCCAAAAACGAGGUGCGACUUAUGGUCAGGUGCGUCUUAUGGAGCAAAAAAUAUGGUAUAUUUUGUAGUUUUCAAUGCGCGGCGGCAGCCUUAUAGGCUUAGGGCGUGGGUCGGCAACAGAGCGCCCAUGGGCACCCAUGCGCCCUCAGAGGCCUUCACUGGUGCCUACGGGAUUCUGUAGAAAUUGGGCUUGAAGGAAGAAGCACGAAGAAGCCUUCUGUCAACUGUUGUGCAAUGUAUACUUCUGGGAUAUUUUACUUUGGAUAAAGAAUACCUACAAGAUACUCACUUGCAGAGAAGAAAAGAAGGCUUUGUUUAAUCUUAAUUGUGGUGGAGAGAUCUCACCUGGGGAGGAAGGAGUCAGCACACACCCCACUGUGCCAAGUUAGGGGGUAUUUUUCCUAGUUGCCGUUAAAGGAGAAGAAGCUGCCAUUUUGUCUGAUUCGACUGGUGGCUCAGAAACUAUGUUUGCUGCAGAGCUGAUCUCUUAGCUGGGCUCACUGCACCUCCUUGUCCUGCUUUGUCUCCUCCUCCCCCCAAACCCCAAUCACCACUUUAGCAGCGUUAUUUUCCGCUGAAUUGUUUCCAGGUUGGGCCCAAGAUUGUAAGCGGUGAUUGGCCGCUUGAUUGUUGGGGAGGAGGGAGAGAUGCCUAAAAUCGCUCAGCUGUCGGAACGAAGUGCGAGCGGUUGUGUUCUGCGUUCUGGUGGGUGAGUCAUUUUAGGCAACCCCCCCCCCCCCAACAAUUAAGCAGCCAAUCGCCGCUUACAAUCUCAGGCUCGCACCACAAAACCAUUUGCGUGUCCCCCCUCAGCACUACCCGUGUAUAAAUUUUGAACCUCAUUUUUGGGUCAAAGAAGCUUGUCUUAUACACAGAAAAAUACGGUAUUGUGAUGUUGGCAUCUGUAUAUGUAACCUGAAUGCUGUUGUGCUAGCACUCUCUCUCUCUCUCUCUCUCUCUCUCUCUCUCUCUCUAAAUAUAGAUAUAUAUAUAUCAGAAUUUUUUAAAUGCAGCAGCCUUGUUUAUCUUUAGGGCCUCAUAUGAUGAAAGGAUAUUUUGGAACAGAGAGAUUAUUCCUUGCUGCAUGUCUUACCCUUUUGAGAUGGAGGAGACGACUUCUGCUGCCGCCUUCCUGGCUUUCAAAUGGCAUAAUAAAUUUGCUUUUAUAGGUUCACAGGUGCCUGCUUCAGAAUACAUCGUCGAUGUGGAGUCGAUGAACAUAUUCCCAGUUGGCUGGUGUGAAGCGAAUGCUUACAAGCUCUCGACGCCGCAUAAAGCCAUGUGUAAGUACACAAAAGAGCAAAAUUUGGGCUGUUAACCUUUACUGUGUUGUUUCAGCAGCUAGGCCUUAGUUGGCGGAAGGCGAAGCGAUUCGGCAAGCUUCCGGGCUGUUGCUGCUUUCAUAGAAUCAUAGAAUCAUAGAGUUGGAAUAGACCACAAGGGCCAUCGAGUCCAACCCCCUGCCAAGCAGGAAACACCAUCAGAGCACUCCUGACAUAUGGUUGUCAAGCCUCUGCUUAAAGACCUCCAAAGAAGGAGACUCCACCACACUCCUUGGCAGCAAAUUCCACUGUCGAACAGCUCUUACUGUCAGGAAGUUCUUCCUAAUGUUUAGGUGGAAUCUUCUUUCUUGUAGUUUGGAUCCAUUGCUCCGUGUCCGCUUCUCUGGAGCAGCAGAAAACAACCUUUCUCCCUCCUCUAUGUGACAUCCUUUUAUAUAUUUGAACAUGGCUAUCAUAUCACCCCUUAACCUCCUCUUCUCCAGGCUAAACAUGCCCAGCUCCCUCAGCCGUUCCUCACAAGGCAUCGUUUCCAGGCCUUUGACCAUUUUGGUUGCCCUCCUCUGGACACGUUCCAGUUUGUCAGUGUCCUUCUUGAACUGUGGUGCCCAGAACUGGACACAGUACUCCAGGAGGGAGAGGGAUGGGAGAGGGAUGAGGAUGAGUACUCCAGGAGGGAGAGGGAUGCAGUCACAGCCUCGCAAAUUGUGCGAUUAUACUUGGUUGGGAACCUGGCACAGCAAAACCCACUUCUGUUGAUGCAGCCUAGAAUAGCAUUAGCUUUUUUUUGCUACUGCAUCACCCUGUUGACUCAUGUUAAGCUUGUGGUCCACCAAGACCCCAGUAUCCUUUUCACAUAUACAGUGGUACCUUGGUUCUCAAAUUUAAUCCCUUCUGGAAGUCUGUUCCAAAACCAAAGCAUUCCAAAACCAAGGUGCGCUUUCCCAUAAAAUGUAAUGCAAAACAGAUUGAUCCGUUCCAGACUUUUAAAAACAACCCCUAAAACAGCAAUUUAACAUGAAAUUUACUCUCUAACAAGACCAUUGAUCCAUAAAAUGAAAGCAAGAAACAAUGUACUGCAGUCACACAAUCAAUCAAUCAAUCAGUAGUUGAACUGGGUUCCACACAAUCACAAAAACAAACCAAAAAGUGCCGCAAAAACAAAAACACAAAAUAGAUAGCAAAAACAGACCCCUCAGCGUGGCACUCAAAAUAGAAGUGUGGCGCUUAAAUUGGAAGCAUAACAUUCAAAUCGGAAGUAUAACACUCAAAAUGGAAGUGUGGCACUCAAAUUGGAAGCGUGGCACUCAAAAGGGAGCACGUUCAGCUUUCGAAAAAAGUUCACAAUCCGGAACAAUUACUUCUGGGUUUGCAGAGUUUGGGUUCCAAGUUGUUUGAGUACCAAGACAUUUGAGAACCAAGGUACUACUGUACUGCUAGUAAGUCAGGUGCCCCUCCAUCCUAUAUUUGUGCAACUGGUUCAUCCUGCCUAUGUGCAGGACUUGACAUUUGUCCCUAUUGAAAUUCCUUUUGUUUGUUUGGGCCCAGUUCUCCAGCAGCCCCAAAGAUGGAUCUCUCACCUCAACCCUAGCUUGACCCCGUGGGGCUGCAUUUCCCUAGGGCGCCUACUCCUUGAGUAAAGAAAAAAUCGUCUCAUGGGAGCAGGUUCACAACUGUAUUUUAAAAUUAAUGGUUGGGGAAUAAGGUGGUUGAAAACAAUGAGAAGGAACUAUGGGCUCUAUUAGUUUGCUGUUUGGUGGGUCAGGAUGGGACAUAGCUUGCCUCUUGAAUGUAAAAUACAGAAUGGAACAAAUGGCAAACCUUCCACAGAAAUUUGCAGGUCAUGUUGGAAAAUACGAAGAGCAAAACACAUUCGGCUUUUAAAAUCAAGGAGUUAUGUCCAAUUUGGGAGAACACAACAGAGGCAGCAGUACACAGCCUUCAUUGCUAUUAAUGCAUUAAGUGAAUAAAGACACCAGGGGUAAUCAAGCAUGCAAAAUCCAGCAGCGUAAUAAGAUUGUUGGUGUAUUAUUAUUAUUAAAGUACAGAUCCUGUAAAAGCAAGAUGAGUGAUCUUGCGGAGAGUCUUUCAGCCUGCUUCUUAAUGAAGCUGAAGCCUAAUUGUUUGCCGCUCACACAGUUAAGCAAGCCAGCAUUUAAUAUCUCAGUCAGUGCAGUUAUGCCAAAGAGGUGUCCAUGUUACUGGGGCUGCGUAUGCAAACAGCUACAACUCCCAGCACCCUUAGGAAACUAUAUUUCCCAGGAUUCAGGUGGGAGCCAGAUGCUUUAAUAAUAAUAAUAAUUAUUAUUAUAAUACAGUCGUACCUUGUUUUGCUGCCCCGGCCACUAGCCGAAAAGGACGCAGAGCAAAGUGCUGCAUCUGUGCAUGCGCACGGAGCGGUUUGCGCUUCUGCACAUGCGCAAAGGGCAAUUUAGCGCUUCUGCGCGAGCGGCAAACCCAGAAAUAACCUGUUGCAGUAUUUCCGGGUUUGCCGCGGAGGUUCGCCGGAAUGGACGCUAGACAAGGCGGAUGUUCAUGGAGGUAUUACUGUAAUAAUAAUGAUAAUAAUAAUAAUUUAUUAUUUAAAGCCCAUCCAUCUGGGUGGGUUUCCCCAGCCACUCUGGAUGUCUUCCAACAGAAUAAUAAUAAUAAAGCAACAAAACAUCAAACAUCCUAAACAAGGAUGCCUUCUAAAAGUCAGAUAGUUGUUUAUUUCCUUGACAUCUGCUGGGAGGGUGUUCCACAGGGCAGGCGCCACUACUGAGAAGGCCCUCUGCCUGGUUCCCUGUAGCUUUGCUUCUCGCAAUGAGGGAACCGCCAGAAGGCCCUCGGUGCUGGACCUCAGUGUCCAGGCUGAACGAUGGGGGUGGAGACCCUCCUUCAGGUAUACUGGGCCGAGGCCGUUUAGGGCUUUAAAGGUCAGCACCAACACUUUGAAUUGUGCUCGGAAACUUUAAAAGUUUGGUGUGUGCAUACAGCCUAAUUUGCAGCCCGCAUAACACCUGGUAUGCAGUGUGAACUUCAUUGUGUGUGAUAGCAUUAUGUUAAGAUCUUAAGUGAAAAUUCUCAAAGGAUAAUUUUUUGGCUCUGAAACCGGAGAGUGGGAGAUUUGGGGCAGGUGCAGCGAACAUGGACGUUGCUGAUAUUUUGGAGUCCCCCUGACGUUACUCUUGUUUGAACGAAGAGUGGAAUAGAAAUGCUAACCAAAGCCUAACAAAACGCCUGGAGGGCCACAGGUUCCCCAUCCGUACCUAGCACAGUGCAGUUAAUAAAAUCGACAGCUGUUUGUCGUAACCGCUGCAUUGAUCUUCCAUGUUCAGAGGCAGAACCUAUUUGGGUGCCAAACCCUUGGAGGUUUGUGGAGGGUCAGGCUGGCCUUGUAAACUUCACCAGGUCUACUUGGCUAUGUCUGGGGACCAAAUGAACUUCUAAUUUGAUCCAGCAAAGCAGUUAUUAUGUGUUCGGGGGUGGGGGGUGGGAAUCUGGUCUUGCUUGCAGAUUUGAAGUCGUCGUCCCCCCCCCCCCGCCGAGAACAGAAUCUGUUAGACGUUUACAAGCCUGCAUUACCAAAAUUGUGUUGUUCUCGCUCUCUCGCUCUGCAGUGCAAAGGAAGAGGAAGAUUGCCGUCGUGCAGCCCGAAAAGCAGUAAGUAGGCACUUAAAAUGUAAAUAACACAGCAGCUUUAAUAUGCAAAUAAUAAAUAAGAUUUGCAGCUAAGCCGAAUGGCGGUCGUGCUGUAGCUUACAGCACAGAGUGUGCAUAGAUAUUCUCCUUAAAACGAUGCCUGUGCGCAUGGUUAGAAUGCGCAUUGUCUGACUUGGGUGAGCACAGGUUUGCGUGUUUUCAUCUGCGGAUCUUAAGGGGAUGUCUAAAAAAACCCCUCAUGUAUUGGUUGUGUCUGAAUGGGCAGGCGGGGUGGGUGGGCAGAAUUCGAUCCCCCUACCCACCUUGUGGGACGCGGGUGGCGCUGUGGGUUAAACCACUGAGCCUCUUGGGCUUGCCGAUCAGAAGGUCGGCGGUUCGAAUCCCCGCGACGGGGUGAGCCCCCAUUGCUCAGUCCCUCCUCCUGCCAACCUAGCAGUUCGAAAGCACAUCAAAGUGCAAGUAGAUAAAUAGGUACCACUCUGGCAGGCAGGUAAACGCGUUUCUGUGCGCUGCUCUGCUUCGCCAGAAGCGGCUUAGUCAUGCUGGCCACAUGAUCCAGAAGCUGUGCGCCGGCUCCCUCGGCCAAUAAAGCGAGAUGAGCGCCGCAACCCCAGAAUCGGUCACGACUGGCCCUAAUGGUCAGGGGUCCCUUUACCUUUACCUUUACCCACCUUGUGUCAGGGACUUGAGCCUGCUGAUACUCUCCUUGUAGGGAAGGCGGGGCAGUCUACCAUUUGGCGACCAGAGCAGGUUUAAGUCUCUUGUGUCAAUUCACAAUUCCCUAAACAGCUUAAGCCCAACAUACCUUUACAGCUCCCUGAUUCCUUAUGUUCCACCUCGAUUGCCAAAAUCUGUUGAUGGGGUGUUUUCGGUGCUCCUCCAUGUCUCUGGGGUUCCAGGGACCCAAGCUUUUAGUGUGCGGAACUCCUGGCCACUAGAAACUUCCUGGGAUUUGUUCCUGCUUUCUUUAAGCCAUCUUUUUUAAAAACGGUACUGUGUAGACAGGCCCUUGAAACAUGAUAACAAAACAAAACAUUAGCCAGUCUUUUUUAUGUUGUUGUAGCGCUGACUUUUUUAUGUUAUAGAGUGCCUUGUUAGAUUUGCUAUGAAAGUGCAGUUUGUCACCGUGUAGAUAAAAUAAAUAAUAAUAAUAACGUAAGGGAACAUAACUCGUAACCUUAACAUUGGAAAUGUGGAGAGGCCGCAAUGAAUAAAUAUGACGUCUUUUCGACAGGCAGCCCUGAUCCAUCCUCAGGUUUCACAGAAUUUAAAUGUAGGUUUUUGUCAUCCAUCAGGUUACCACACGGAGAGCCUGUGGAGAAAAAAAUUCACGAGCCAUGCAUGCUUCCACAGACAGACGCAAUAGGUGAGUUUUUUGGGUGCUGUUAAAUGAACCUUGUGGGCAUGGAAGCAAUUGCAUCAGGGUUGGAGAACCUGUGGCCUUUUAGACAUUGUUUGACUACAGAUCCCAGUGUCCCCUGCCAGCAUAGCCAAUGGUCAGGAAUAAUGGGAGUUGUAGUCUUAUAGCAUCUGGGAAGCAGCAAGGUUCUUCAUCUGUGCUUUACAUGAAUCCUGACCAUUAUGGGCACCACUGUACCACCAUUAAAUGUUCCUGUAAUUAGCAUUUUAAUUUUGGCUCACUCCUCAGAUUUAGCACUCGUGGCUAAAUCUGUGGGUUAAACCACAGAGCUUAGGACUUGCCAAUCAGAAGGUCGGCAGUUCGAAUCCCUGCGAUGGGAUGAGCUCCCGUUGCUCGGUCCCUGCUCCUGCCAACCUAGCAGUUCGAAAGCAUGUCAUACUGCAAGUAGAUAAAUAGGUACCACUCCGGCAGGCAGGUAAACGUGUUUCCGUACGCUGCUCUGCUUCGCCAGAAGCGGCUUAGUCAUGCUGGCCACAUGACCCGGAAGCUGUGCGCCGGCUCCCUCGGCCAAUAAAGUGAGAUGAGCGCACAACCCCAGAGUCGGUCACAACUGGACCUAAUGGUCAGGGGUCCCUUUACCUUUAGGACCUCAAAAUGGGGCAGACAUCUGCCCCCUCAAUCACCUGUAUUGCAGAUAUUAAUAUUACACAACUUGAAGCAAUAGGAUGACUCCUCUUGGAUGAAUAAAAACUGACUCUUCUUGGAAUAAAAAAUUGUCCAGACCCAAAAUACGGUUUCAAAGCUUUACUAACAGAAAUUCCUUCAAAACAUAAUAAUCAAUGUUGCAUCCAAAGAGUCGUGUAAUAUCAUGUGCGUGUCAGGCACAGGUUGAUCUUCUUGCAAAUUUGAAAUAGCUCCAAGCAGAACUAAAAUCAAAAGUCUGCCUCUCUCCACACAGCCUCCAUUAGCCUGGAACUGUUUUCUGUGCAGGAGAGACCUCAUAAUCACAUCCUUUGCUCUAUGUGGCUCCCAGAGAAAGACUCAAAGGUCCUUCCCUUCGAAAUGGAGAUUUGCAACUGAAUAACCCUCUCCUGUGAUCUAAAGUUAAGCACCAUGUUGAGAGCUAGCGGAGAACAUCCUAUGUGCGUUAUCAACCCAUUUAGGUGCUCAGAGAGCUCUUCUUAGCUUCAGUGGAAUUUCCCCAACCAGCAGUAGACAUAUAGAGCACACCCAGAGUUAUUUUCCAUUUCAGUGCACAAUUCAGCGUUUAUACUUCACAACCUGCCCCAGCUAUGAGGACAGCCCCUGUCACACUCACUCAGAGAGAGAAGCUUUUCGCACCUCUUUUCAGAGCAGACAUGAGGGAGUGUGUGUAAUUCUGGCAUCCAGUGAAAUGUGGGUGUAUUUAAGGGGGUGUCUUCAAUGUAGGAGAAGCUGAGCCAGUGCAAAGAGGAAUAGCAAACAGUUGCUGGUACAUUUUGGAGGGGAUAUUUCCUGAGGCCUUUCAAGGGCACUGUAGGAGGUACUGGGGGUGGGACAGUGGUGCCCACGGGCUCCAGAUUGGCAAUCCUAGUUGCUUGUUCUUCAUUCCAAUAUGCUGGAUGAUGAUGAUGAUGAUGAUGAUAAUAAUAAUAACAACAAUUUAUUACUUAUACCCCACCCAUCUACCUGGGUUUCCCUAGCCACUCCGGGCGGCUUCCAACAGAAUAUUAAAAUACAAUAACCUAUUAAACAUUAAAAGCUUCCCUAAAGAGGGCUGCCUUCAGAUGUCUUCUGAAAGUCUUGUACAGUGGUACCUCGGGUUAAGUACUUAAUUCGUUCCGGAGGUACGUUCUUAACCUGAAACUGUUCUUAACCUGAAGCACCACUUUAGCUAAUGGGGCCUCCCACUGCCGCCACGCCACCGGAGCACGAUUUCUGUUCUUAUCCUGAAGCAAAGUUCUUAACCUGAAGCACUAUUUCUGGGUUAGCGGAGUCGGUAACCUGAAGCGUAUGUAACCUGAAGUGUAUGUAACCCGAGGUACCACUGUAGUUGUUUUUCUCUUUGACAUCUGAUGGGAGGGCGUUCCACAGGGCGGGUGCCACUACCGAGAAGGCCCUCUGUCUGGUUCCCUGUAACCUCUCUUCUCGCAAUGAGGGAACCGCCAGAUGGCCCUCAGCGCUGGAUCUCAGUGUCCGGGCUGAACGAUGGGGGUGGAGACGCUCCUUCAGGUAUACUGGACCGAGGCCAUUUAGGGCUUUAAAGGUCAGCACCAACACUUUGAAUUGUGCUCGGAAACGUACUGGGAGCCAGUGUAGGUCUUUCAAGACCGGUGUUAUAUGGUCUCGGAUGGUAGCUAGGAGAGAGAAAAAGUUGCUCAGUGAGGAUGCAGGAGGAAUGUUGGACCAUGUGCUUCUUCACUGCAGGUACCAUCAAUGGGAGAUACAGCUGCCCUGCGCUGUUCAUCAAUCACCGCUGUUUCUCAGGACCACACCUGAACAAAGGAAGAUUGGCCGAGCUUCCUCAGUCUGUUGGCCCGGGCAAGUGCGUGCUGGUUCUUAAAGAGGUGAGGGUUGUGUUGAAGGGAUGGGGCCGAAAUUCAUAGAAUUGGCAGGGACCACGAGGGUCAUCUAUUCCAACCCCCUGCAAUGCAGGAAUCUGUCUGCCCAUUUGGGGCUCGAACCCACGACCUUGAGAGAAAGAAUCUCGUGCUCCACCCACUGUGUUUCGUUUGGCCGGCCUUUUUAUCCAAAUUAAUUUGUAUCUCCUGGACUGAAACAACAUGAUUUUCCUUAUGGAUCCUUCAUUGCUCUCAAAAAAUCUUUUCUCUCAGGCCGUCGGCUAACUAAAUAAUCCAUGGCCUUUUAAAAUGUGUUGGGCGUGUGUGUGUUAAUGUUUUUGUUUAAAAAUGUUAUGCAUUUUUGUGGUUUUAUAUUGUAAACCACCCUGCGAUCCUCGGGUGAAGGGCAGUCUAGAAACUGUCAUCUUGCAAUACUGUUCUCGGCUCAAAAAGUGCACCAAACUGCAUUUUAAAAGAAUUGUAUUUGGUGAUGAAAUGUGUCUAAAAAGGCAUAUAUAAAUAUCCAACUCAAUAUUAAUCUUUGGGUGGAUUAAUGCAGAAACAGAAGGAAGAUUGACCUUUCCAACUCGGCCAUUCAAUGAUUCUUUUUUUUAAUAUAUAUUUUUAUUAAUUUUUUUAAACAUAUCAUUUUCAACAAAUAUAAAACAUACUUUUAUAUCUUAUACAGGUUUUUUUUUUUUUACUUCCAUGAAUCUCAUCUGAAAAUUUUCCAAUCUUUUCCACUUAAUUUACAUUUCUUAAUUUCACUAUUACAUUUAAAUAUCAUAACUAAUGUCUCCCUUCUUUAUCUUCUUUGCAAUAUUUCAUAUAUUCCUCCUUGCAAAACUUCUUGUAGUCCUACUAGCGUAAUUUGUUGAUUACAGUUGCUCUUCAAAUAGUUCCAUUCCAUGAUUCUAAAGGUAAAGAUAAAGGGACCCUUGACCAUUGGGUCCAGUCGUGGCCGACUCUGGGGUUGCGGCACUCAUCUCUCUUUAUUGGCCGAGGAAGCCGGCGUACAGCUUCCCGGUCAUGUGGCCAGCAUGACUAAGCCACCUCUGGCGAACCAGAGCAGCGCACAGAAACGCCGUUUACCUUCCCGCCGGAGUGGUACCUAUUUAUCUACUUGCACUUUGACAUGCUUUCGAACUGCUAGGUUGGCAGGAGCAGGGACUGAGCAACGGGAGCUCACCCUGUCGUGGGGAUUCGAUCCACCAACCUUCUGAUCGGCAAGCCCUAGGCCCUGUGGUUUAACCCACAGCACCACCCACGUCCCUUCCAUGAUUCUAAGAAGUCCGAAAUGCUAUGAUCUCUCUCUAUCCUCCAUCCUCCAUUUUGCUUUCUUUGGGCAGGUUCUGAGCAUGGUGAUCAACUCUGCUUACAAACCCGGGAGUGUAUUGCGGGAGCUGCAGCUUGUUGAAGACCCCAGGUGGAAUUUCCAGGAGGAGACCCUCAAAGCAAAGUAAGGGAUCCUUUCACUUCCUCCUUUUAAACUUGGGGGUGGCGUUGAGCAGGGAUGAGGGUCCGCUUUUCUGCUGUGAUGAGGCAGGAGAAGACGCCCAGUCUGUUUGCUUCCAUCCUCCCUCAAUCGUGCUCGUUUGGAAUCCAUCCCUGGUGUGGCCACAGGAGGGUGGGAUUGAAAGCAGUGUGGCAUAGCGGUUAGAGCGUCAGACUAGGUCCCUGGAGACCAGGGUUUGAACCCCAAAGGAAGCUUCAGUGGUAGUUAUGUAUGUGACUGCACCCAUCCAUGAGUGUUUUAUACCCCACAAAAACUUCCUCUAUGCUUCCCAUCUACACCGGUUGGUUUUGCAUUGUGUAUUUGUAUUGUAUUCAUUAUCCUGAAUGGGGGAACUGUGGCCCUGAAGGACCAGAUGCGCAGCCUGGGAGUCAUUUUGGACUCACAGCUAUCCAUGGAGGCGCAGGUCAAUUCUGUAUCCAGGGCAGCUGUCUACCAGCUCCACCUGGUACUCAGGCUGAGACCCUACCUGCCCUCAGACUGUCUCGCCAGAGUGGUGCAUGCUCUGGUUAUCUCCCGCUUGGACUACUGCAAUGUGCUCUACGCGGAAACUACAACUAAUCCAGAAUGCAGCAGCUAGACUGGUGACUGGGAGCAGCCGCCGGGACCACAUAACACCGGUCUUGAAAGACCUACAUUGGCUCCCAGUACGUUUCCGAGCACAAUUCAAAGUGUUGGCGUUGACCUUUAAAGCCCUAAACGGCCUCAGCCCAGUAUACCUGAAGGAGCGUCUCCACCUCCAUCGUUCUGCCCAGACGCUGAGAUUCAGCGCCAAGGGCCUUCUGGCGGUUCCCUCAUUGCGAGAAGCAAAGCUACAGGGAACCAGGCAGAGGGCCUUCUCAGUAAUGGCGCCAGCACUGUGGAACGCCCUCCCAUCAUAUGUCAAAGAGAUAAACAACUACCUGACAUUCAGAAGACAUCUGAAAGCAGCCCUGUUCAGGGAAGUUUUUAAUGUGUGACAUUUUGGUGUAUUUUUUGUCUUUGUUGGAAACCGCCCAGAGUGGUUGGGGAAACAAAUAAUAAAUACAAAUAAUAUAUAAUUAUUAUUAUGAUUAUAAUUAUAAAUUAUUAUUAUUAUUAUUAUUAUUAUUAUUAUUAUUAUUAUUUCUGGAAUUUCCACAACACGGAAUUCUGGAAUUCAGAAAUACAGUGGAACCUUGGUUUUCGAACGUAAUCCAUUCCAUAAGACCGUUCGACUUCUGAAACAUUCUACUACUGAGACGCAAUGGGCGGCCAGCAAUUUCAAUGGAGAAAUGCGCCUUGGAAGCCGUUCGAAUUCCGAUGCGCUUUAGAAAACGGAAGCAUUCACUUCCGGGUUUUCAGCAUUCGGGUUUCAAAUUGUUCAGCUUCCAAGAUGCUUGAAAACAGAGGUUCCACUGUAAAACAGAUGCAUUUUGCAGGCAUGUUAACGGACAUUUGCUUACCUCUCCCCACGUCACUUUUUAGAUUUUUAAAAUAUACUUUAUAUACCACGUUUGCACAGAAGGGCAGUCAAAAACAGUAACAAAAAAUAAGCACGCCUCGCACAGUUAUCUUACUUAACUGUUGGAAGACUGUGUGUUCCUGUUUAUUGGACACAAUUUAUUCUAAUGAAUGCAUUAUCCGGUGUCCCUUUCGGUUUGCCCCAACAUAAGGUCUGGGACGCAGGUGGCGCAGUGGGUUAAACCACACAGCCUAGGACUUGCUGAUCAGAAGGUCGGCGGUUCGAAUCCCCGUGACGGGGUGAGCUCCCGUUGCUCGGUCCCUGCUCCUGCCAACCUAGCAGUUUGAAAGCACGUCAAAGUGCAAGUAGAUAAAUAGGCACCACUCCAGCGGGAAGGUAAAUGGUGUUUCCGUGCACUGCUCUGGUUCACCAGAAGCGGUUUAGUCAUGCUGGCCACAUGACCCGGAAGCUGUACACCGGCUCCCUCGGCAGGUAAAGCGAGAUGAGCGCCGCAACCCCAGAGUCGGUCACGACUGGAUCUAAUGGUCAGGGGUCCCUUAACCUUAAGGUCUGCGAACUUGCUUUUUUUUAUAUAAAAAGAAACCACAUGUAAAUUGUCUUUGCUUCUUUUGCAUGAAAUUCUGCAUUCUGCGCAUCAUUACUUUGGAUGUGCACGCAAUGAGAUAGCAGGGCUGGCUGUAAAUCCCUAUUGUGAACAAGGCCAUCUGGGCAUUCUGGCUGUCUAAGAUUGGUGGUGGGUCCCCCCCCCCUUCGAAGUUCUCUUAUGUGGGUCAUUACUUUGGAAAUCUUUGAUCCUUGCCCCUUUAGCGUCGGUUGUAAUACAUUUAAUUAGAAAAGCAAAAUGGAUUUUACUUGUGGAAUCCUUAAUGCUACAAUUGACGCAAAGCCCAGUGAACUUUAAAGUCUUGCAGCGCCGCCGGCUAAUAGCUUCUGAUGUGGGGGGUUGGGUUUUUUUAUUGCUCAAAGGUAGCUGGCAAAAUGAAAGUCUCGUUGGAGCAACGAUUAUGCUGUUAAUAAUAUGGAUAUCCAGGGUGACAUCAUUCAGUCCAGUGGUCUUUUUACUAGCAGGCGGAGAAGUCUUGCAUGCUAUAAAAUCAGUGGUAGGGAACCUUCAGCCCUCGAGUUUAAUCAGCCCCCACCCCACCCCAUUUGGCCCAGGCACCUGUUUGCUUGUUUGCUGCUUUGUUGCGAAGCUGUGUCCACUUCCCUUGAUUAUAUAUUGCAUAAAGGUAAAGGGACCCCUGACCAUUAGGUCCAGUCGUGGCCGACUCUGGGGUUGCGGCGCUCAUCUCGCUUUAUUGGCCGAGGGAGCCGCCGUACAGCUUCCGGGUCAUGUGGCCAGCAGGACUAAGCCGCUUCUGGCGAACCAGAACGGCACACGGAAAUGCCGUUUACCUUCCCGCCGGAAUGGUACCUAUUUAUCUACUUGCACUUUGAGGUGCUUUCGAACUGCUAGGUUGGCAGGAGCAGGGACCGAGCAACGGGAGCUGACCCUAUCAUGGGGAUUCAAACCGCCGACCUUCUGAUCGGCAAGUCCUAGGCUCUGUGGUUUAACCCACAGCACCACCCGCGUCCCUAUAUAUUGCAUAGAAUUGGAAGGGACCACCAGAGCUAUCUAGUGCAACACUCUGCAAUGCAGGAAUCGUUCGCCCAGUCUCACAACAUUUGUAUACAGUCGACUCUCGGCUCACGCGAGGUUUACAUUUUGGAGAUUUCAGCUCAUAAAGCCAAGCUUGUGUAGAUUUUAUGUAUUUAUUUAGUAAAUUUGUAUACCGCCCUUCAUUCUGGAACAAAUAAUAUAACAAAUGGUCAGUAAACAAAAAACAAAAAACCCCUGCACCUAGUAAAAACAACAACCCAAUGUUCAAAAAUUAGAAUCAGCAAUAAUCUAAAAGCAGAUUAAAACGCAUGACAACAUUCCACAUGUCCGGGUAGGGUUGCCUAAACAAAAAAUGUUUUAAGGAGGCACUGAAAAGAGUCCAGCGAAGGCAUCGGUCUGAAUCCCUAGGCAGGGAGUUCCAGAGAGUGCUGCCACACUGCAAGAUCAAUUUCUGCCACAUACAGAAUAUUAUGUGGCACCUGUAACAGGGCAAGUUCUCUAAGGGGUUGAAUGGACACCUAUGGGGUUAAACAAUAUUCACCUGAUGUCACGUGUGAUGUCAGAUUUCGAUUUUCCUCUUCCCCCCUCUGUCAUUUUCCCCUUGUGCCUUGCAUUUUUUAAUUUUAAUUUUUAAGAUUGUGAGCUUGCAUGUAGGGACUGUCUUGUUUUGACUGUAUUUAAGCUGCUCUGGGAGUCUUUUUGGCUGAAGAGGGAGGUAUAAAUGCUCCAGAUAGAUAGAUAGAUGAUAGAUAGAUAGAUAUGGCUGGACCAUAAGGGGGUUUGCAGCAACUGGGCUUUGCAUCCACCAGCAGCCAUCUGAUCUGUUGCUGCUUGCAAAAUGCUGUACCCUUGCCCACAAAGUUUGAUUUCAAAUAUUGAACCCUGGAGAGUCACUGCCAGCCAGGGUAGGCAGGUGCCGAGCUAGCUGGGCCCGUGACCUGUGUAACGUUUGCCGUGUUGCGACAACCCACCCGCACAGGUACAGAGGCAAAACCUACAGGGCCACAGUCAAGAUUGUCCGCACGUCUGAUCAAGUCCUGGAUUUCUGCCGGAGAGUUUGCGCUAAGCUGGAGUGCUGCCCGAAUUUAUUCAGCCCCAUCCCAGUUACUGAAGCCUGCCCGGAAAACUGCUCCGUUCACACCAAAACGAAAUAUAGUGAGUAUGAUGGAACUGCAUUGGCUCGUGGAAGUUUCCUGCCAACUUGCCCAGUUAUCUUUGGGGACAGAUGGAACGUUUCGUGUUCAGAAAGAGGAAAGAUGACCCCUUUCCCUAAAAGCCAAAGAGUGGGAAGAAGCUAAGCAGGUGUGAGGAACCUGUGACCCUUCAGAUGUAACCCUCCCAACAUCCCUGACUGUUGGCCAUGUUGCCUGGGACAGGUGAAAGCCGAGGUUCAGCUGUGGACAUCUGCAGUCAAACCUAGCCAUGCUAGUUAGUAUAUGAAGGGGUUAAGGUCCACAGAGUUCUAAUUUGCUAGAGUAGGUUCGGUGAUGUCACAUCCCCUCUUCUCCUGAGAGGGAGGAAGGCUUGUUUCCUGUUCCUUCUCUCUCUCUGCCUCUCUCAUUCUCCCACUCUAUUUACUCUGCAAGCAACAGAGGCAGAAAUGCCUCACCUUAGCUCUCUGCCUCAGACGUGUGUCUGAAGCUGCCUUUGCUAUAUUUUACUACCCAAGAACAUUUGCCUGCAUUUCUUAUUGUUGCACAAAGGCUAAUGCAUGACCGUGACCUCGGAUUAAGUAAGUACAGCCUUUUUAAACUUACUUCGGAGUGUGGUCUGUUUCAUUGCAUGAGGGUUAGGAAGGGGGCCCGCCACCUCAGGCAGCUGGAACAUAAUGACCAAAGGUUUAAUAACCUAUUCUUACACUCAUUUAAUGUGCCUCAACGAUGGGAUUUAAACUCUGUAAUGUGCAAGCCCUGUUUAUAACAGGCACCAGCCACCCCACCCCCCUUUAUUAAUUAAUUUGCAUCCUCUGUAGAUGAUUAAAUAAUAUAUCCUCUGACAGAUUCCCAUCACGAACAACAUCUGGAGGGCCACAGGUGACAAUGAACACAGGUUAGGAUGACUAAAUACAGUCAUACCUCGGGUUACAGGUGCUUCGGGUUGCGCGAUUUCGGGUUGCACAGAACCCAGAAGUACUGGAACGGGUUACCUCCGGGUUUCGGCGUUUGUGCAUGCGCAGAAGCAUUAAAUCACGCUUUGUGCAUGUGCAGAAGCACCGAAUCGCAACCCACGCGUGUGCAGACACAGCGCUGCGGAUUGCGAACGUGCUUCCCGCAUGGAUCACGUUCGCAACCCGAGCGUCCACUGUAGUGGAAUGAACAGUUGAACUUUUUGCACAUCCCUAGCACUAAAGAGCUGUUUAGCACCGAUCAGCCACUUAGUCUCAGUCAGCUGCUAAGGAAUGUCCCGAAAUCAUGAGAGUAUAGUGUAAUCCCCCUGCCGUUGCUGCCUGGAUUAGCUCCAUAGGCUUAGGUUAGUUCGACGACUAACCAGGUGUAUUUUUGAUGUUCGUCUUCCACUCCAGCUUAUUAUUGUGGAAAGAGGAGGAAAGUCAUCAAGGCUCCAGCUGGAGAAAACAACAGCCGCAGCCCGGAGAGCAGGCAUGGCAAGCCAGCCAGGCGCAGGAAGAUGCAGAAGCCCAUUCCAGCGCAAAGGAAGAGUCAGCCAUCUAUAACAGACCUAGCGGAAUCCGCGGAGGUGAAUUUUUGGAUUAAAAAAUCUUAUUUCUUUCAAAAGCAAAUUGUCAGUGGAACGUGAGUUGAUAGAGUCUUGAGAAGGUAGAGGAGAAGGUGCAAUAUCAGGAAUAAUUUCUCAUUUUGUCUUUUAAACUCUUUCUCCCUGCUAGUAGAAAGCUAGCAUAUCAUGGAAAGUGCUAGGGCCUUUCCCCGAUAAGAUAGCUUUUGCAAGCCUGCCAGAUUCGCAGUUCCUAAAUCAGUAAGCAGACAGGAACGAAACUGCCCUGCAAAAUUCACACACCUCCAAAAAUUGCAAUGCACUUAUCCAAGUAAAAAGUGUGCACGGUAAUGUGUUUAUUAGUUAAAUCAGCCUACAGAGCCGCAUUAAAUUUGGCGGAGGCAAGAGGUAGCUUUAAGAAAUGCAUAUAUCGGCCAUGACUGCACUCACAAAAAUGUGCAUAUUUGGAAAAAUCAGCACCAAAAAUGCAUGUGAUUAUUUUUGUGCAUAAUUUUAUCGUGAAUAAGUGGAAAUGGGCAAAUUGGACUUUAAGUUGGGGAAAUAAGAAACCGGAGCAAUUAUCACACUUUGUGACUUAAUAUCUAAUUUAUAAACCACUUACAUGUCCAAAUGGCUUUUAAUUGGAUUCCAAGAAUAAAAACAAUUAUAAAAUUUGUUAUGAAGUAAGUAUUAUUUGGGGAACAACCUUCACUCAGCUUCUUCUUUCCCCCACAAAAACAUACAGUCCCGAUAACUUACAAAUUCAGGGCUGCUUGAACAGCACCAUCCACCCAGUUCAUAUUACCUCAGUUUCAUUGCCGUUCGUGUCUUUGACCCCUGUGGAAACCCAACUCGCUUCAGGAAAGCGACGAGGAGGAACCUGAGGCCCUGGACGACGAGACGUGGAGUGAAGAGACCAGCCCAGAGCUACAAGAUGACCAGACAGACGUCUCCUCGGCCGAGCUGCCUGCAGCCAAGCCUGCGAGCACAAUGAGGCUGCGCAGCAGUGCUGACCUGAACCGAAUCUCUCGCAGCGGGAGGAGCAGGCGAGCCCGGAAAACCUUGGCUGUCUUGUGCGCCAAAGGGCAGAAAAGGGCUCGGUUCAGACAGGUGAGGUUUUGGACCCCUUUCUCGUGUCACCAAUGCUUCUGGUGUGCUCUGGUUGCUCCUGGAGCGGUUUAAUAACUGCAGCAAGACUCCCGCUUGGACUCCUGCAAUGUGCUCUACGUGGGGCUGCCUUUGAAGGUGACUUGGAAUUACUUUUGUAGACUAAUCCAGAAUGCGGCUGCCAGACUGGUGACCGGGAGCGGCCACCGGGACCACAUAGCAGCAGUCCUGAAAGACCUACAUUAGCUCCCAGUACGUUUCCAAGUACAAUUCUCUCUUUUUUUGUGAAUUCAUUUUUACAGUGGUACCUCAGGUUACAUUCGCUUCAGGUUACAUACGCUUCAGGUUACAGACUCUGCUAACCCAGAAAUAUUACUUCGUGUCAAGAACUUUGCUUCAGGAUGAGAACAGAAAUUGUGUAGCGGUGGCACGGCAGCAGCAGGAGGCCCCAUUAGCUAAAGUGGUACCUCAGGUUAAGAACAGUUUCAGGUUAAGAACAGACCUCCAGAACGAAUUAAGUUCUUAACCCGAGGUACCACUGUAUUUGAUUUUACAAAUGCAAACUUAUAAGAGCUGCAAUAUAUAAUCAUAUACAGAGAUUGCUCUGAAUCUUGCAACUUCCCCCCACCCCCUCCAUGGAGUCCAAUUUUAAGAGAAGAAAAAGAAGAAGAGUUUGGACUUGAUACUCCGCCUUUCACUCCACUUCUGGAGUCUCAAAGCGACUCACAAUCUCCUUUCCCUUCCUCCCCCACAACAAACACUCUGUGAGGUGAGUGGGAUUGAGAGACUUCAGAAAAGUGUGACUGGCCCAAGGUCACCCAGCGGCUGCAUGUGGAGGAGCGGAGACGCGAACCCAGUUCACCAGAUUACGAGUCCACCGCUCUUAACCACUACACCACGCAUAUUACAACUGCAAAUUCUUCCAUGCUCUUAACUUUUAUAUCAGUCCAUAUUGUCCCAUAAUAUUUGUUACGCUACAAGUGAAAUCAAAAUCCUGCCAAAGUUUCCAUCUGCUUACAGUGGUCUCCUAAAUAACUUACAGAUUUUCCUCAUUCUUUUAUAAAGUGGUUUUCCUCUUGGUUUCUGAGUUUUCCAGUCAGUUUUGCCAUUUCAGCUUGAUUUGCCAUUCCUCUUGUCUUCUUUUCAUUUCUAGGCUAGUAACCUCCAUGCGGCUGUUGUUCCAUACAUAAAAAGUCUUUUCUGCUGGUUUGGAAUGUCAGUACCUGUAAUUCCUAAUAAAAAGGCUUCUGGAUUUUUACAAAAGUUAUUUCAAACAUUUUUUUUCAUUCAUUUUAUAUCAUCUCCCAGAAAGCUUUUAUUACCUUACAAGUCCACCACAUAUGAUAAAAAGUACCUUCUUUUUCAUUUCCAAGCACAAUUAAAAGAGUUGGUGCUGACCUUUAAAGACCUAAACCAGGCAUCCCCAAACUCAGCCCUCCAGAUGUUUUGGGACUACAACUCCCAUCAUCCCUCGCUAACAGGACCAGUGGUCAGGGAUGAUGGGAGUUGUAGUCCCAAAACAUCUGGAAGGCUGAAUUUGGGGCUGACUGCCCUAAAUAGCCUAGGCCCUGAAUCCUUGAAGGAUCUGUAGCAGAAAGUGAAGGGCAGGUGGGACUCAUCCACCUGAGAAGGGAGCCCACUUAGUAGCAGGGAUGGGGAGCCUGUGGCACCUUCUGAUGUCUAUGGACUCCCAUUAGCCCCAGCCAGCCUGCCCAAUGGUCAGAGAAAAUGGGAAUUGCUGUCCAACCACAUACAGAAACCUCCUUGUUGAGGAGAGCUGGCAGUGGCUAUUAUGGGAUAUCCGAUCACCCCAGUGAAGGCGGUAAAGGUCCUGUGUGAGUGUCUGGGGGCGGUUGGAGGAUGGAUGGUGGCUAAUAGAUUGAGGUUGAAUCCUGACAAGACAGAAGUACUGUUUUGGGGGGACAGGAGGCAGGUGGGUGUGGAGGACUCCCUGGUCCUGAAUGGGGUAACUGUGCCCCUGAAGGACCAGGUGCGCAGCCUGGGAGUCAUCCUGGACUCACAGCUGUCCAUGGAGGCGCAGGUCAAUUCUGUAUCCAGGGCAGCUGUCUACCAACUCCACCUGGUACGCAGGCUGAGACCCUACCUGCCCACAGACUGUCUUGCCAGAGUGGUGCAUGCUGUAGUUAUCUCUCACUUGGACUACUGCAAUGCACUCUAUGUGGGGCUAUCAUUGAAGGUGACCCGGAAACUACAACUAAUCCAGAAUGCGGCAGCCAGACUGGUGACUGGGAGCGGCCGCCGAGACCAUAUAACACCGGUCUUGAAAGACCUACACUGGCUCCCAGUACGUUUCCGAGCACAAUUCAAAGUGUUGGUGCUGACCUUUAAAGCCCUAAACGGCCUCGGUCCAGUAUACCUGAAGGAGCGUCUCCAUCUCCAUCGUUCUGCCCGGACACUGAGGUCCAGCUCCGAGGGCCUUCUGGCGGUUCCCUCGCUGCAAAUAGCCAAGUUACAGGGAACCAGGCAGAGGGCCUUCUCGGUAGUGGCACCCACCCUGUGGAACCCCCUCCCACCAGAUGUCAAAGUGAAAAAUAACUACCAAACUUUUUGAAGACAUCUGUCAGGGGUUCAGGGACAGAGGCACAGGGUAGGCAGGAGAUGGAGAGCGAUGGGGAUGAAUCCCAGGACAGCGAGGAAGAGGAUGACAAUGACUCAAGAGAUUCCAUGAGUCUUCCCAGCGGAUCAGAGGAUUCCCAGAAGGGGGCGCCGGUGGUCAAGGCCAGGGGAGCCCCAGGGGGGGACGUGUCAGGAGCAGGGGGGCCAGCGGGGGAUCCCAAAGUGGCAGCUGGGCGUCAGGACCAGCCUCCCCGCCAGAGUGCAGCGAAGGGGGGUGGAGGUUCCAGUGUAUCAGGGGAGCAGCUCCGGCAGCAGAGAAGGGAGGGAGGUCGGAGCAAGCCACCCUCCCGGAAGGGGAGGAGUAGUGAAGGGAGUAGUGUAACUGUCAAAAGGAAGGUUAGAGGUUGGGCGCGCGCGCCAAGUUCAAAUGUGGAGGCGCGCGGAAGUACAGGGAGCCCGGAGGAGGAGCCAGGUCCCAAAGCCCGCAGGAGGGGGGGAAGAGCAAUCUGGGGAUUCCGCGUCAGGGGAAUCCAGGAGGGCGAAACCCCAGCGGGCAGGAAGACCCUGCGGAAAAGGAAAGAGAGGAAGAGGUGGAGCAGCGCAAGCCUCUUAAACUGGUGCAGGGGAGGGACUGACUGAGAGGGGACUUCAACGGUCUAAGCGUAACAGACGUGGGGCUGCGCGCCUCAGAUGUGAAGCAAACAAUGAACUCCAAUAAACACUUUUGUAUAUAAGAAGAACUUGGCGUUGGUCUUUUGUGAGCUGAGACCUGAGGCAGCCCUGACAACAUCUGAAGGCAGCCCUGUUUAGGGAAGCUUUUAAUGUUUAAUAGGUUAUUGUAUUUUAGUGUUUUGUUGGAAGCCGCCCAAAGUGGCUGGGGAAACCCAGCCAGAUGGGCGGGGUAUAAAUAAUAAAUUAUGAUGAUGAUGAUGAUGAUGAUGAUUAUGGCAGGAGACUGGGUUAGAAAAGCCACAGGAUCCUAUUCAUUUCUUCUAUUCUAUUUUUAUGUAUUUAUUUGCCCUCUUAGGUGAUGAAGCCAGAGCCGGAACAGAAGCUUGUGCUGGAGAGCAACCCGUUGGAAUGGACUGUCACAGACGUGGUGAAGUUCAUCAAGCUGACCGACUGUGCCCCUCUUGCCAAAAUAUUUCAGGAGCAGGUGGGCCCUUCUUCAUUCUACCGCUUCUUCUGUGUCAGGGCUGAGAGUCAAUUCCAGAUCAUCUAAGGUUGUAAUUUCCACUGGAUAUAAUUCCCACCCCCCAGGUUUGCCUUCAUGCGCUCAUUUUGCUUGUGAUGCCUCCUCCUGCUGCAACAAGCUCUCCUCCCUCCCCCUGGCAGCUCCCAGAACCAGAAGAGGUCUGAAAAGGGAGGAUGAGAGGUUGGCUAUACACAGGCAUAGUCUCCAAUCGCCUGGGGAAAGCCCGGGAGAGAGGAGGGGACUUUCAGUGUCGGCAACUCGAUUUUCACGGAAUAACACCGCUGGGAGUGAGCUGCUAUGCGUUUUUGCUAAUAAAUUUUGUUGUUUAGUCGUGUCCGACUCUUCGUGACCCCAUGGACCAGAGCACGCCAGGCACUCCUGUCUUCCACUGCCUCCUGCAGUUUGUUCAAACUCAUGCUGGUAGCUUGGAGAACACUGUCCAACCAUCUCGUCCUCUGUCGUCCCCUUCUCCUUAUGCCCUCCAUCUUUCCCAACAUCAGGGUCUUUUCCAGGGAGUCUUCUCUUCUCAUGAGGUGGCCAAAGUAUUGGAGCCUCAGCUUCACAAUCUGUCCUUCCAGUGAGCACUCAGGGCUGAUUUCCUUCAGAAUGGAUAGGUUUGAUCUUCCUGCAGUCCAUGGGACUCUCAAGAGUCUCCUCCAGCACCAUAAUUCAAAAGCAUCAAUUCUUCGGCGAUCAGCCUUCUUUAUGGUCCAGCUCUCACUUCCAUACAUCACUACUGGGAAAACCAUAGCUUUAACUAUACGGACCUUUGUCGGCAAGGAGAUGUUUCUGCUUUUUGAAAUGCUGUCUAGGUUUGUCAUUGCUUUUCUCCCAAGAAGCAGGCGUCUUUUAAUUUCGUGACUGCUGUCACCAUCUGCAGUGAUCAUGGAGCCCAAGAAAGUAAAAUCUCUCACUGCCUCCAUUUCUUCCCCUUCUAUUUGCCAGGAGUUGAUGGGACCAGUGGCCAUGAUCUUAGUUUUUUUGAUGUUGAGCUUCAGACCAUAUUUUUCACUCUCCUCUUUCACCCUCAUUAAAUGGUUCUUGAAUUCCUCCUCACUUUCUGCCAUCAUGGUUGUGUCAUCUGCAUAUCUGAGGUUGUUGAUAUUUCUUCCGGCCAUCUUAAUUCCGGCUUGGGAUUCAUCCAGCCCAGCCUUUAACUCCAACUUUGAAUGGUGUGAUUACUGACUGGAAUGCUCCUGUGCCACAUUUUUUUUUUUUUUUUUGAAAUUGCAGCAUACAUUAAAAAAAUUAAACAUCAUGAAUGUUUCUUCUCCUUUCUGCAGGACAUUGACGGCCAAGCUCUCCUCUUGCUGACCCUGCCGACCGUCCAGGAGUGCAUGGACCUCAAACUCGGUCCCGCCAUCAAGCUGUGCCACCAGAUCGAGCGGGUCAAACUGGCUUUCUAUGCCCAGUACGCCAACUGACCACGCCGAUUGCCACCUUCCCAUCUCCAUGAUUUUCGUUCCAAGGUUGCGCCUGGAUCUCCCGACCCUGAACCCCUUUGCAUUCGGAAGCACUGAUAAAAUAUAUAUUGUGGGGAAGAAGGUGGCAGCCCGGCUGCUUGCUCACGAGUAGGCUGGCCUGCAGCUGGGGCUUUGGGGUGGGGCUGAAUAAGGGCUGCAAGGCUCCAGGCUCCUGAGAGAUUAUGAGCCUCAAAGAGAGUCAGGUAAAGGGGUCAGAUACGGAGUGAUAGGCAGAGGAGCCCUCCAGAUGGAUGGUUUUUUUGUUUGUUCAUUUUGGGGGGUGUUUUUUUGCAGAUGCAUUCUGCAACUUGUCCCUGAUUCAUUAAGAUUACAUUAGUGAUGGAUUUAUACCAAACCAUACGCGUACCAUUCUGCUUCAUGAGUUGUUCUGCCAUGCUUUCCCCAGUGUUGGGCACCUUUGCACUAUAGCACAGCUAAAAGAAGAAAAAUACCCACCCAGAAUAUUUGCGGCAUAGAAAAGGAAUGUGCGUAAGCUUGCAAGGGCUGGACUUUGCAGUAGAGAACCUCUGGCAGAAAAGAAAUGAGAUGACGAGGAUGACUCUCGCUAUCUCAAAUCAAGCUUGCUUUUCCGUCGCUGUAAGCGCCGGGGUUAUUUUGUGUGUUGAUUUGCUGUUCUCGGCAACCAAUAUCCACUAUUCUAAAGCACACACGAGAGCACCAUUUUGAAUGACUUCGCUUGACAGGGGAAAGAGGGGUCUUGAAGGCAGGGCGGCUGUCAUUUGGGCCUGAUCCUUGCGGUGCAAUUUCCCUGGCCGAGUAAUUGUGUACAGAAAUGCAUGCGCUGAGUUGAAGUGUGCAUAAAUGAGAAGGAAAGCUCACAAAACUGGUUCACGGUGGGGGAAGCUGCGUUGCAAAAAAAUGUGUGCUAAACUGCAUAGGGAAGAAGUCGGCGGGACGGAUUUUUCAGGAGGACUCAAAUCACCAGCUGGUGUGUUAAAAGCGCGAGAGCCGAAUUUGAGAUUGGAAAAAAGAGAAAUUGAGAGAAGCUGAAAUGGCCGGGCCGGGCCAUUCCUAGUUUCCAACCACUGUGCAAGGUUAAAGGUCCAAAUCGUACAAACCGUUUUGCACUGCAGAGCACUGAGGGACACCCGCUUCCCCGACUCCUACAGCCAGCGGCUGAGGAAACUGCUUGGGCACGUGGGGCAAGCCGCCCAUAGGGGCAGGAUACACCCCGGUGCCUCCAGAGUCUGCCUGCCUCCUCCCACUUAACCACCCUACAGCUGGGGCGGGGCAGCAGACGAACCAUUUGGGCAACGCGGAGCUUUCAGGCGCCCAAGCCACUGCGUCACUCCCAGGGGAGAUGCGUGGCUCAGGCGCGCUGCAGGCCGCGCGAUGAGUGCCGCCCGCAUUUUGUCACCCCCCUCAGUGGUGACACCCGGGACGGACCGCGCCCCCCUUUCUCCAGCCCUGCCUUCAGCCCCAGGCAGCCUGCUUGCUCCACUCCAACAGAGCACAUGUGUAGCCGUGUGGGCUACAGGAGCAUCACUUUUUCUUAAAAGCCAACAUCCCAACAUGCAGCUCUCUUGGAAGGGAUGGGAGAGUUGGGCGCAUUGAAUCUAGUCCUUCCUCACUGUCAGGCAGCUCAUUAGAGGGAUCCCAGGCUUUUUAAAGGGCCGGUGUGCUUUUAGCCCUUGUUCCCGGCUCGGACUGUAGACUCUCCUUCAUCAGAGGAGAUUUUAAAGCAGAGGUUGGAUGGCCAUCAGUCAGGGAUUCUUUAGCUGUGAUUCUUUCAUUACAGGGGGUUGGUUUAGAUCAGCAUUUCCCAACCUUGGGCCUCCAGCUGUUUUUGGACUACAACUCCCAUAAUCCUCAGCUAGCAAGACCAGUGGUCAGGGAUGAUGGGAAUUGUAGUUCGAAAACAGCUGGAGGCCCAAGGUUGGGAAACACUGGUUUAGAUGACCCCGUAGGGUCCCUCCCAGCGCUCUAUGAAAACACAAGAAUUGGAUUUGUUUGCAUUAUUAAACUUUUCUGUCCGUGCCCUGUUAUUUUUCUUGUUACUAGCAGGAGGAUGGAAGCCUCCCAUCAUCAGAUGCGAAUGUUCGACACCAGCAUCGAAGUUUCAAGGCUGCAUUACGCACCAUGCAUUUAUAAAGCACACAACUUUCCCCAAAGCAGCCUUGGAACUGUGGUUAAGGGUGCUGGGAGUUGUAGCUCUGUGGAGGACUACAGUUCCCAGCAUUUUUUUCCGAUGGGUGGGGGGGAUGUGCUUUAAAUGUAUGGCGUGCGUAACAGCCCAGGUUGAGAGUGUUUUGGAAGGCGAAAAUCUCAAGAGACAGAGCGAGAUGGGAAGAAUCCUGCCUCCUUAUGCUUCCUGUCCACAAAAGAACGAGGCACGUUGUUAAUUCUGCUGUACAAGAUUGUAUUCUGUAUAUAAAUAAAUAUAUAUAUAAAUAUAUAGAUAUGAUUUCAUGUAAAUAAUGGGGGAAAUCUAUAUUCAGAGUUCUAUUUUAAUUUUUAUUCAAAAACGGAGCAAAAGAAAACUUUUUACUCGAAGCGUUGUAAACCAGAU